GGCGAAUCGGAUUGUCUGCCAGCUACUGUUUUCUGUUUGGUCGUGAAUGUUUAGGUUGAUGUGGCCGAGAGGUUGCAAAAGACCGGCUUGGUCGGGUGAGUGAAGGUGCUCCAGCUCUGUGUUGGGGGGUGGGGGAGGCAGCAUGGGUCUGUAAGGAUCAAACCUAUAUUGAGAAUGGUAAUUUGAGACAUAUGUAACUUAAUGUGUCUAUUACAGGAUCAGAUAAUUUGCAGGUUACCUUGUCCUGUGUUUGGUUAGGGGCACAGUACAAGGUACACUGUAAAGCUGGACAUCUUAAUUUAAUUUUUUAUUUUUUUAAAUUAAUUUUUAUUUUCUAGUUACACCAAUGACACAAGCAGAUGUGGCUCCAGUAUCCGGCUUACUCACUCAUUCAAGGUAGCAGAGGAAUGCUAUACAGACCGUGACCUCCUGGCACUGGAAGCGGGAUAAAAGGAGUAGAGGGUCAGCGGCCAAAACUGCGCCAACUGUUCGCCAUGGCGGACGCAGCGUCGCUGCCUUUUUCCCGGCGUAUCAGCUAUGCCACCGGGCAUUUCCUCAAUGACUUGUGCGCCUCUAUGUGGUUCACCUACUUCUUAGUUUAUUUCCACUCUGUGCUGGGGUUCACGUCUUUCAACUCGGGAGUCCUGCUGCUGGUCGGUCAGAUCGCUGAUGGAAUCUGUACGCCUCUGGUCGGGUACGAGUCAGAUCGGCGUGUUGGUUGUCUGCCAUAUGGACGGCGGAAAUCUUGGCAUCUGAUCGGUAGGUAGUGUUCAGAGUUGAGACAUGUCAGGUAAAAUAUAAUCAUGUGAGCAAUAAUUUGCUUGUCGUAACAGAUUUGUGUGUGUGUGUGUGUAUACAUAUAUCCACAAAAAACUCAUCAAAUGUGUAUUUUAUUGAUGCGAAUAAACAUUAUGUGUUAAGUGGAUCAACAUUUUGACCUGUUCGUUUGAGAAUAACCUAUUUGGGUCUUUUUUAAGAUCAUGAAAAAGUCAGACCUGCGUAGGUUGAAAUGUUGAUUUUAUUUUCACGUGUGUGUGUGUGUGUGUGUAUAUUUACUGGUGCAAAAAGAAAGAAAAUUUGACAAGUGUAUGUGUAUAUAAACUAUACUUUUGUUUAUAUUUUUAAUUUUAUUUAUUUUUUCACCAGUAAAUACACAUUUGGCAAAGCCUCAGAAUGCAGCUCAUUCUUGCUUUUGAGAUAGAUAUAAUUUUUUUUUUAUUUUUUAUAUUUUUUUUUAAAGAACGCUAUAGUGUUAGGAAUAGAAACUUUGUAUUCCUAAAACUAGAAACAUACAAUGUGACCGCAGAUAAGAACCAUUCGGCCCAUCUAGUCUGCCGAAUAUUUAAAAAUACUAUAAAAUUAGCCCCUGACCAUAUCUUACUAUAUUGCUGAAGUACCUGUAUAAUUUUUGACGGUCUCAGCCAAUCCAAGGCUUUCCCAUAGGAAAGCAUUGUGAGGCUAUUGCGCAUGCACAACAGAUCUCCAUGCUGCGCCACUCAGCAUCUACUCAUAGAGAUGCAUUAAUUCAAUAUAUCUCUAUGGGGAACGUUCAGCGUCUCCACGCUCUACAUGGAGGUGCUGAACCUAGGCGCUGCACACUAUGCAGCACUGAAAUAGGAAGCACCUCUUAAAAUGCAGCAUCUACAUUAAAAAGCCUUCAGGGACAUUCUAGAGACACCAGAACCACAUAUUAAGCUGUAGUGGCUUUUUGGAGACUAUAGUGUUCCUCUGAAACUUACUAUAGCAGCAACAGGUUUUUCAUUCAGAAAAUUAGUCAUGCAGUUUUUUGACCUAUCAGAACAGACAAUAUGGAAACCCCUGAUUGUUAAAACUUUACAAUUUAAUAUUUAAAGAACUUACUUUUAAUGAGACCCAUAUAAUUUUUUUUUAUUUUUUUUAAAUUACGAUUUUAUUUAUUUAUUUUUUAACUCUUGGUUUUCAUACUGAUUCAAAACAUGCAUUGCUCUUAAUGUGGUGGUUAAAUGUAAUGUAUAAUUUAAAAAAUAUAUAUAAUGAAUUUUUUUUUUUUUGGGAACAUCAUAUUCGAUCUCCUUCGAAUUGGUGUUACCCAGGCAAAUUUCAUUAGAAGCCCUCAUUAAUUGCUUGCAGACAAUAUUGUAUUUUUGCCUGUUUAUGAGCAGAGGGUCUCGCUUUACUAUUAAAUCUAAAACCAGGAUCCCGCGCACAGAUGCCAAGAGAUGCCAUGUAUUUUUAAUAUUAAAAAUAUAAGGUCUUUGUGGGAUUCCGUACGCUCACCAAGACGGUAAUGCAAAUUUUAUUUUUAUUUUUUUCUUAGCAACCAAAAGUUGCCUAAAUGACCAAAGUUUAACACGAGUCAGUAAUCUAAUCAUUUGUGAGACACGAGUCCGUGUAAAAAAAGCCUUAAUCUGCAAAAACACAUCCUGUUUUUACAUCACUGACACACUCAAGUUAACGUUUGCUUUUGUCAGACAAGAUUUGUGACUGGCAUGUUCACUUUUAGAUAGUCUUGUGUCAUUUUACUCUACUCCCCUUAGACUGUAUGCUCCUUUGAUCAGUGUCCUCACCACCUCCUGUUACUGUCUGUGCAAUUUAUCUUGUUGCAAUUACUUGUUUGUUAUUCCACCUAUUGUACAGCCCUGCAGAAUUUGUUGGUGUUUUAUAAAUAAUAAUGUAGGUUAAAAUUGCAUUCACACAUGACCAGAAUUUCGCCUCUUUCCCAUCCAAGAUGACCAAAGGAAUUCUAUGAACCACAAUCCCUAGGGUUUAGGUUAUGGGGUGCAGUUUGAUACCCAGGUAUAUCUGUGAUCCCUAACCCUUAACCCUUUCCACUCGGAUAAAAUUUCAGUUUCGUUCACCAAAUUUGCCAAAUGUAUUUAUAGAAAUCACUUUGUGGGUGCAUUUUAAUUUUUUUAAUUUUUUUUUUUUCAAGACGCCUUUAUCCGAUAACGUUAUGUCCCUCUGGGUGAGCCGUAUGAUCGUCAGACUUGUUUGCUACUCAUAUGUCCCACCAGGUGGGAAAUACGAUCGGAAUGAGAAAAUUAAAAUGUCCCACCCUCUGGGACAGUCGAGGAGAAAGGGUUAAGGGACAUUAUAGGCACCUAGAACACUUCAGUUCAUUGAAGUGGUCUGGGCGCAGUGUCCCUUUCCCCUUAACCCUGUAAUGGUAAUUAUUGCAGUUUUUGAGAAACUGCACUAGUUACCUCGCAGGGUUAAGACUGCCUCUAGAGGCUGUCAAUUAGACAGCCACUAGAAGCACUUCUGGGUGGUUAGGUGACUUUUGGUCACUUAACUGGUGCUGGAUGUCCUCACGCUCUGCAUGAGGACAUUCAGGUCUGUCAAUUCACCAUAGGAAAGCAUUGCAGCAUGCUUUUCUAUAGGGAGGGCCUAAUGCGUUCGCCACACAUUAGCUCCCCCCUUGGGGGACGGAGUGCCAACCCAGCGCUGAGGUACAUUGGCGCUGGAAUUGGGUAAAUACAGUAAAGGUUUUUACUGACGCUAUAGUAUCACAUUAAUCUUUACUGCUAUGCCGAUGGAGGUAGAAAAUCAGAAAUAUAAAUCAUAAAAUAAUUUUUUCAGCUAUAUCAUUUUGCUAGCACAAACAUCUUUCUCACAAUUCUAUUUUGUGAAAGUUCCAUGCCGAAUUCUUUUUUUUUAAAAUUAUUAUUUAUUUAUUUUUUUGUUCGGUGGGCUAUUUGUGCACCCCCAAACAGAGAAUGUAGCUGCUGGCCACUUUUUAUUUGGCCCUUCGUUCUUAGCAUGUUAGAAAUGAGAUUGCUUUUAUUUAUUUCCCCCCCCUCCUUUACAUUAUUUAUUUAUUAUUAUUUUUUAAAUUCUUUAUUUUUAUAGUGCAUAUGAUAUAACAGCGUGCAUGGGGUACCCCAACGGCAUUCCUCAUGCUUUUCAUAAAUUUAUAACAGUAAUGGGUAUGUUCUUGCGUGCACAAUUUUAUGUUAAAUAUACAGUUUAGUAAGCUUAUUCUCAAUGUAUUGUCUAUUAUAUAUAAUGCCACGACAAACAUUCAUAGACCAGAUAGAUGGGUAUAACAGGAGUAUGACUGCUUAGGUAUGAACCAUACGUUAAGGUACAUGCUAGUUAAGUCACUACUGUGGUUGCUUAUUUAGUUGCUGUUCGGUGAUAUGUCAUUUGUUAAACUUAAAAUAUUAGUUGUCUAGUGGCAUUCUGAGGAGAUAGGAGUAGUUUUGUAGACUCCUGGGGUCGAGCUAACUGCUCUGAGGAUAUUUAGUUAAGCAGUUGCUGUGAUUUUGCGCUAGUGGGGAUGCCUUAGAGUCUGCCUCUGGAUUAACGUUUCACAAAAUGAUAAUUAAGAUAACGCUUAAUAACAAUGCAAACGAAAUGAUAAGUAAAAUAACGCCAUGGGGGCCAGUGGGCAUAGAGACUAUUAAAUACGUAUCAUGAGUAUUAACCACACAUGCUAUAGAAUAUUUGCACAUAACAUUACAGUCUUGUAGCUGGUCUGCUGUGGCGUGCUACUUGGAAUUUACCCCUCGCGGAUCAGUCUCAGGGACAGACUCAGCCUAUGCCAGCAGGGGACACGACACAGUCUCUGAGUGCAGGGGCCCACUGCCUGACAUCGCCUAUGCUCCGGUAGGUUGGGGUUCGUGACUUGUGUGUCGCACUGUUCAGCUUUUUAGGUCGUGGUUGUGGUCCUGCUUGAGUGCACUUGGGUGAUGUCUUCGGCGCCAUUUUGAGGCUCGGCACUGAUCUUCUUAGGUGCUUAGGUGGAGAGCUUUUGGGUAAGUAGGCUUCUUUGUGUGGUAGAGAGGGCUGGAGCAAAAGGCGUGUUAAUUUCUGCCAGAAGUCAGAGAAAUGUCCCUCUAUUUUGGAGAGGAUGUCGCUGUGUGCUUUGUCGGCAAUAGGGAUCCCAUGUGGACAGUGCUGUAUCUCGCUUGCGGGAUCUGCUCCCCACUGCAUCUUGAGGGUAAAUCGUUUUUUGGGUGUCUGUAGCCUGUGUUGUAAUGUGCACUCUGGCCUGCUGUGCCUCCGACCCUUCCUUCCGCUUCGGGCCUGCCACGGUUUUGGAGCCGCGGUCUUGCGUUGCGUCUGGAGGGGUAGGCAUCUUGUCUUGAUGUCGCAGUGAGUGCUUGUUGUUUGUGGUGGCGGGCAUCGGGCUAUCUUGUGCCUGAAUGCCACCUUGCUUGCUGCAGCUUCGAAGUGAGGGCUUUCUUUCCCUCUGGCUUUGGUUCUCCUGGCAUCCGCCAUUUUGAUUGAUGCGCUUGGGCCACAUCGCAGGUUGGUAAUGUCGAUAGGCUCGGGUUUUGUCUCCGCGGUCUGAGCCCCAGGGUGUGGACCGGGAUCACCCCCACCGGUCCAGAGGGGGGGGAACAGGGUCCGGUCCGCUUGGGUUCGGGCCUCUGGUAGGGUUCCGGUUGGCAGGAUAGUGGAGCAGCGGCCGUCCACCCCACUCACUGCCGGAGUAGGCCCCAGUUGGGAUACCGAUGACCUCUCCUCCAGGGGACUGUAGCUCGAGGAGCCAGCCUCACCCUGGUUUCGGAUACUCCUGUGCAUUGAGGAUUGUUGCUGGAGGUCGCGUUUGAAGCGAAAUAAUCUUGGUUUUAAGGCUUUAGGUUUGGAAACUUGCAGGAGCUGAGUAUGCAUGCGACCAUCCAGCUCAGCGGUUCGGCCCCGCCCCCCCUACAUUAUUUAAACCACUCCUUUUUAUAAUAACUUUUUAUUUUGCAUUGGUGGUUAUGAGUUAUUUUUCUUUGGGGAAUAGACAAUGUAUGUUUUAAAUAUGUGCUUUAUUAUAUGCCAUAUUUUCUGUAGACAUAGUAUUAUUAUUUGACUCUUCCAGUUGUCUAUGGUUAUGAACGUUGGGUUAAAUUUCUGUCUCUAGCCUGUUAUGGGCAACCAAAUAAAUGAAACUGCUAAAAAAAAAUUGUGAAAAACCUGACUACCAGAAAGAUAAAACUUGAGUUUUCUUUAUGUAUUAACUGUACAGUUAAAACAUAAUGAUUAAAUGUCUCCAAGUGUAAAAUUUUUUUUUUAUUUUUUUUGCGUACUUUGUUUAAUGCCUGGUUGCACUUUCGUUAGGCUUCUAAAACAGUAUUUAGUUACACUUGCAUAAGUUCUGAAACAGUUAAAGGGUUACUCCAACCAAAAUAUGGUGUUUUCAUAACACACUGAUUUUGGUUGGAGUAAUGCUUUCAGUGGUGGACCGCAUCCCUGAAAUGUAAAAAAAUAAGGCUUAAAGGAAUAAUCCAAAUACCUGAAGCGCUUUUGCUUGCUGAAGUGCUUUAUGUGUGAGAUGUAUGUCCUCCUUCCGUCCUUUUUUUUUUUUUUUAAAUUGGCAUCUUUUGUAAAUUAAAGGAGCAUUAUAGCGUUGUGAAUAAAAAAACUGUAUUUCUUAGGCUAUAGUGCCCUUCUAACUAGUUAGGUGGUAUAGAGGGCAUUUCUCCUAAACAGAUGGAUAGAGAUUUUUUUUCCCCAAAGCUCCGAGGGAGUGGGAAGGGAAGACUGAGGGAUUCACGGGGGAAGAGGGAGCACGUCACAAUUGGCUUUAUGGGGCCAGCAUGCUGUAUGUGCUGGAUCGAACGCCAAUUUGUAGUGACCGUUCUUGGCUGAUUAAUAACACCCCUUUUUUUUGCUGCCAGAAGUGGAGUUGCACCAUCGGCAGCAGAAGGGUUAAUCUCUGUAUGUACACUGUUUCAUAGCGAAAUGCUGUGUAUACAGACUCCAGUCACCAUGACCACUUCAAAAUUACAACAAAUUGCUUUAUGAUUGUUACAGUAACACACUUUUGUCUGUCAUGUUCAAUGUUGUUAAGUAAACCUGUUCUGGGCUCAAAAAUAGAAAUUUCACCCCUGGUGAGUGUGCCAUGGUCCCUCCAGGCUUGCAGUGGUGGGUAACUUUUAGGCAUGUCUAGUAGUGUAGCCUUUUUAUCCACAAGGAGAGCUAGGCGGACGUGCUACUUCCUCCCCGCUCACACAGAGCCAGCCGAGUAAGUAUGUAAGUGUAUUUGCUGCAGUGCACACACACUUCAUCCCCAGCGCACACACACAUAGACACGCUACCAUUGCAAAUGCAUAUUGGGGGGACAAUGUCUUUACUUGUCUGUACUUAUGGUGCCCUGAGGUCCCUCCAUUGUUAAGUAGUCAAACUUUAAAUCGAUUUGACUCCUUACCUGGAGUCUGUCGGGAACCACAUCCAGUCUUCUAUCCCUCAACCAGAGAACCAAAAGUUCCUACUUGGGAGCUUCUGUUCGCUCUACCGCGCCAAAUACUGCAAUGCAGGCUAGAUCAUUGGCUGAAAGUGUCAGAUGAUCAUUCUCGGUGAGCUAAGCCGCACACUGUCAGACUUGGCUCACAGAGUGCCUUCUGUUCUCUGGCUAAGUUAUUGGAGUUGGGGAUCGGUGCCUGGCAGACAACCGGUAAGAGAUAAAACUAUUCUAAAUAUUACCAUGGGGGUGACGCAAGGGCACUUCUGGCACCAUAACCACUUCAUCAUGCUGUAGUAAUGGUGCAAUUAGUUUUUUUUCUUUAUCGAAAAUUGAACAGGACCCCAACAUUAAUUUCUUUUUAUUUAUUUCUAUGAUUGUCCUCAGUUCGAGACAGACUGAGAUAAAGUUUCCCCCCCCCCCCAAUAUGUAGUAAAUGGGUCCCCAGGAUUCUGGUGAUGUAGAGUAAUAACCGCGUUGAAACAGUUUAUUUGCUUUCACGUUUCCUCACAUUUGGAGGGAGCAGGAUGGAAUAUAUUUGGCUGCAGUUUCUUCAAGUGCUCACUUGGUAGAUAAACUAGUUAGAACGCGGUAGUGUGUACCAUAAGCCUGUGACAUUGCUGCCGGCUAUCCUUAUUGGGAAUAGAAAUAAUAAAUAGCAUCCGUUUUAAUACAAACAUGAAAUCCAGAGGUGUUUUAAAUUUUCUAUCCUCAUGUGACUGUUAACAUAACUUAUAAUUCAUUCUCUCUCGCUCGCUCUCUUAUAGAAUCUUAUAACUGUCCCUUUUUUAUCUCGUCAUCCAUUUUAUGUAGCAAGCACUAUGCCCCGUGAAGCCGAUUGCUGGUCUGUUUUCAGAAUGUGAUACUUUACAUGUUAAGCUACUGAACACUGUGUUUAAAAAUGUGCUAUCUGUGCAGGUCGCCAUGGAGCAACAUCCUAUUGCAUCUUUCUUGUUCUGGAGUUAAGCAAGUGGCUUAUCUGUGUCUAACAGACAAGCUUUUCCUCAAUUUAUAAGAUUGACAUAAGCUUCCUCUUUUUUGCUUACAAAUUAUUUUGCAAGUCUGCAACGCAUGGCCUAUUAAUACCUGACACACGCCUGACAUGUCAUAUAACCCUGUGUUCUACCCAUGCUACUGCUAAUUGCACCAGAGCAGGAUUAGCCAAAAGGCGACUCUAGACUGCCAUGUAGGUCUCAGGAGUUAGACAGGGUCCAUUAACCAUCCCUGUGUGUGUGCGUUUCAGUGAGGCCUGCUAAUGUAAACCUUUUACAAAAAAAAACACAAUUUUCCUGUAACAAUUGUUGAAAUUGAAUGAAAAAUAAUUCUGCAUUGUAAAUACAUGAAUGUGUUGUGACUUCAAAUGUUUCACGUACUGAGAGAAAAGUAUAUUGGCCUUUUGGAUAUUCAUAUUCUGCUAUUUUAUUUUUUUUAAAUUAGUUUUUUUUGUUUCCUGUCUUCUGUCUUUAGGUACAUUGAGCGUGAUCUUGUCAUUUCCCUUCAUCUUUAACCCUUGCCUGGGCUGUAAGGAGAGCACUCCACAGUGGGUGGGCUUAAUAUACUUCAUCCCGUUCAUUAUCAUCUUCCAGUUUGGUUGGGCAGCCACCCAGAUUUCCCACCUCUCUCUGAUCCCGGAAUUGGCCAAAAAUGAGCAUGACAAGGUGGAGCUCACAGCGUUCAGGUAAAUAACGCUCUUUUUACGUUUGGUAGGUCAUAAAUUGAGAAUUAGGAGGGAAUGUUUGGAUCAAAAAGUACCCUAAGGCUGAUGUAGAACCAUAACUCCCAAACUGGACGUUGUAUAAAUCCGGGCUCUACAAAUACCUGUCUCCAUGGCAACUAGACGUGAAUUCCAUGUACUGAGUGUAAGAUCCCUUUGUUGUUCAUUGAACUUACUGAGAGCAGGUCUAAUCCAUUUCUCUUCUCUUAUGCAAUGCUGAUCUGUACUACCUUAGUGAGUCCUUGUUGAGUUUGUAUCUCCACUAAGAAACUCUGAAGCUUCUGAAAUCAUUAAAGGGACACUAUACAGCUUAUUGUAUUUGUUCUGGUGAGUAGAAUCAUUCCCUUCAGGUUUUAUUUGCAGUAAACACUGCCUUUUCAGAGAAAAGGCAGUGUUUACAUUACAGGGGAGGGAUACCUCCACUGGCCACUCCUCAGAUGGUUACUAGAGGUGCUUCCUGGGGCAGUGCUGCACAGUGUGACUGACAUUGAAAUUCAGUAUAUAGUUUGACGGUGUUGGAAUUUUAAAUUUUUUUUUUUUUAUAAUUCUAUAUUUCUGAAAAGCUCAAAAGAGUCCCAGAGGAUUACUCCUCAACCAGAGCCCACCCCUGAGUCUGGAAGAUUCCCCUUCCUUAUUAUGGGUCAAAUAUGUUUGGAUUGGCCUUUGCCAGUUUGGAAGUGCUGAAACGGCAAUUCAGCAUGACCAAAUCCAACUUGCCCAUACAAAUAUGUUAUAUUUGGCCUAUCUAAGAGGUUUGCAUUGAGUUCAGGGGAAUCCUCCGGUGUUUAUCAAAUUGUUUGGUUAAAAAUCAGAGAGACUCCAACCAUUAGGUCCUGGCGUUUAUUACUCCAGGUCCUACACAUAUGUAGCGUAGAAGAUUGAAGAUAAGCAUAAUUAAAGUGUAAUUCACUUUGACCUUCACUGACAUUUCAAGAUCCACACUUCCAGAGAGAGAUCAACUACCUGUCGUUUAGCACUUCUAAGGCAGAACUUGCUUUUUUAAAUGCGUCCUGAUUGUGGGAAAGCACCCUAGAGCAGUUUCACGUUCUUAGAUAAAUAUUGGUGUAGCUGUGUAUGCACUCGGGGUUCUGUAGUAGCCGUAAUGGCAGUAUAGCUGUAAUUGAUUGUCAAGGCUUGCCGUGGUGACAUGUUUAAUUUUGUUUUAAAAUGCAUGAAGAUUGCAGUACAGACAUUUCAGAAGUUGAAACGUAUUGCAGUACAAGUUAGGCAGAUUCCAACCAAUAAGAAUUGAUGGUGCACUUUAUGCGCAUUAACCACUAAAUCUCAGUGUAGUUGCUGUAGUACAAAGAGUCUGUGAUAGCUGUUCCAUAUGGUAUGUGUUUUUUUUUUUUUUUGUUUUUUAUAUAUAUAAACGGUUUUGGGUGCAAUUUGACACAAAAUCUUGUUCUCUUUAGCAUCAGUAGAAUUGAAUUGUGAAAUGUAUUCUUCUAUGGUAUUAUUAUUAUUAUUAUUAUUAUUAUUAUUAUUUUAUUUAUAUCCAUGUUCUUUCUGUCCAAACUCUCUGAAUGAGAGAGAUUUAUUUAUUUUUUCUUCAGCUCUUUUUGAAAGGUUUCAGCUUUCAUAGUAAUAGGGAUCAGCAUGGUUUAUAUAAAACAUGUGAAAGGACUUUUUUACCUCUUUGCAAAGAAGCACCAAUUGCAAACAUUAUCUACCUUAUAACCUUAACCAUUAUAUACCUUGUAACGGAUCAGCUGGCACCCCGACUGGGUACCUCCAUUGAAGGAUGCUCCUAGCACUUCCUGAGGAAUCCAAGUACUGCAGCAGACACCACAACCACCAAACCGGAGAAGCAUAUGAAUGCUGUAAACAGCUGAACAGGAAACGCUUACACUCCUGGCAAUCAGCAUACAAUCCAAUUCCCCCAAUAACGAGACGACACUUCGUUUUGAGGUCAAGCAGUACUGACUGUACUGGCACAUACAGCCUCUUUUAUUCCCAAUCCACAAACUUAGUGCUGCCCAUAGGGUUUUACAGAACAACCAAUAACACAUGUACAUUACAGAAAACACUCCCAGCAGUUAUACACAAAAUCCUCCCCUCUGCCUGUGAUAUAAUUAUGGUACACAAUGGGUUCACAUAAUUAUCAAAAGCAGGAAAAAUAGUUUUUAUCAUGCGCUAUAACUUUAAAAAUAUACGUCCAAUCUUCAUAAAAAUUACAUAUUCAGAAUCACACUUUAAACAUAAACACUCUCUCAAAAAUCAGACAAAUCCAUCCAGUAGAUAAACUUAGCUGGGAGUCCUUUAUGACCAACCGCAAGCACAUUUUCCUGCCCAAAACAGUUCCAUAGAUUUGGGCCAUUCGAAUGCAUGAACUGGGCCGUUCGUGCAUUUAGCUUAGUAUAGCAGUGAGUUCAAACUGCCGAACGGGACUUAGUCUCUGCAGCUGAAAACUGAGUGUAGGAGAAGGUAAGGGUGUUCGUUUGUCGAAUGGCGGCUACUUCGGCUGCAUCCGAAGUGCCAAUUUAAAGCUGCAGAACUGCUCCAAUACAAUUUAAAGGGGCAGCAAGUCUUUUAAAAUCCAAUCUGCUAAAAUAGUCUUUAACAGGCAAUAUCUUCCAAGGGCCACAGUCUUAAAGGGGCAUUGUUCCCAAAAGUCACAGUAUGUCCCCAGAUGGUUCUUAAAGGGCCAGCAGCAGCAUAAUAAAAUACAAUAUGCCCAAAUACUGUAUUUAAAGGGCCAAAUCUCCCAGGGGCCAUAGUCAGCAGGCAGGAGGCGGGCAAACAGGCUUCUCCAAUGCCCAGAGGCGAGGUUGGUUUCGCCACAUACCUUAACUGGAAAUUUUAUUUUUUAUUUUUUUGAAUUCUGAAUAAUAUACUAUAACAUUCCGAAUGUAUAACCCAUAUAUUGAUAAUAAAAUGCUGUGUGCAUCAGUGGGUGUAAUUAAGGAAUUGUAUUAUUUGUACUGGCCAUUUAGUGUUGUUGUUGUGUGUUUUUGGUUUUUUUUACGACUACCACACUUUUUUUCCCCAAUGAAUUGUUCCUUAUCAAAUAAACUAAUCAUAAUAAACCCCAUACUUCCUUUUUUGAGAGAGAAGUUUGACCUCGCUGUAUCUAGACCGUAUCAGUCCGUCUUGCACGUGUUACAGUCAGUAAAUUUAAAAUGUUUUCGACACAAGGUAUAAGCCGAGAUCUAACUGAGGUUUGCGGCUGUUGCAAACCAAGGAAACCUUAAUACAGCGAGUUGGAUGACCACAACCACAGUGUGAAGAUUUAAUCUCACCGUAACCAUCCUUCCUUGCGUCUGAUAUCUAGAACUUUGCUAUGUUUCUAAAAAUCAGUUCAGUUCAUUGUAGUCAUUAGCACAUUAUGAUCGAUCUGACUGCUGCCUCAUUCGCAUCUGUCUCAUUCAAAGGAGAAAGGUUUCUACUUAUCUUCAUACACUUAAAGGAGCCUGUAGUAGAUAGAACUAGUAGAGUGUGUGUACAAUACCUCUACUCUUUGCCAAAAUCUACCUUCAUUUUAAAAGUCCUCUUGCAAGAGGCAGAGUAUAACUGUUGGCAAUAAUAAUCUUUAUUUUAUCAUUUGUUUCUUCGGUGCCAUUUUAAAAAUAUUAAAGGGAUACUAUAAGCACUAAAACAACUUUAGCUUAAUGAAGCUGUUUUAGUGUGCACGUUAUGCCACUGCACUCUUAUUGCUCAAUCACUUUUUCUUUUCUUUUUUCCAACUUUAGCCAUGACUCAUCUGGAUCUGAUUGAGACAGCCUGCAUGGAAACAUGGUUUUAUUUUCAAUCAGAUCUAACAGCACAGUGUGUUAACUUUAUACGUUUUUAUCUUCUCCCCUGUUAAUUGAACUCUAAUCACACGCAGGAGGCUCCUACAGGGUCUAUGAGGCUAUUAACAAAACAGGAGAUGCGGACCGUGGGUGGACGACAGACGGCAGGCAAUACCCGUGAGGGCAUGAGGCCUGGAGCGCACUGGACGGGAGCGGCGGCCGAGCUCCCAGCCUGGAGCGGCCUGGGGACUGACUGCUACAAGCGGGUUCCCCGCAACCUCCUCCUCCCCUCCCCCCCCCGGUGGGGGAGAUCCUGGUGCACCACUGGGAGUCCUCCCAGACAGGGCAGAAACGAAGGGGAAAUCGAGCGGAGGGCCGAGAGACCGCCAAAGAUGGCAGAAAACAAGCGGCCGGACGUCUGUCAUGCAACACGGCAGGGCUCACUGAUCAGCCUGGAACAAAUCCUCACGGACUUCUGGCUCCGAGUGGAGCUCACGCUGCGGCAGAAGACACCAACGACACCUGCCUCAGCAGCGACAAGCAGCCCGGGAAGGUGGUGGCGAGCCAAACUACCAUCCUACCGGCACAGAAAGGUGAAAAAAAGAAUGCCGCCGAAACCAAGAGCUGUUACACCCUGCAUCAAAUCGCACGGGCACCCAUGGCCGGCCGCUGCACAGCCCAAACGAGGCAUCGGAUGACUCGAUAAAAAAGCAGCGCACCCUUGACACCCUGAUCGGGAGACCGGACACGGCACACCACACCAUGACAAGAUACCGGAAAGCUAUUAACGGCUUGAAAUGUAUAACGUUAUAACUGCUAAAUUGUGUGAGGGGCAAAUAAGGCCGUAAAGGAAAUAAAAAAAAAUAAAAAAAGAGGAGGGGAAUAACUCGGUUGUGGUGUGCCGGAACAGACGUCGUGGUAGGCCUGUAAUAAAAGAGGGCCCACCCAUGAGGUGUAAUGAAAAGUAUAAAUAAAGGGAGUGGAGGGUGGGGACAUGCGAAUCGUCAAAACGGAACUGAGGAAGGUGAGGAGGGGGUUUAAGUAGGUUACCAUGCCCCUCCCACAACUGCAGGCCAAGCCUUCACAUUUGUGUGAGGGGCAAAUAAGGCCGUAAAGGAAAUAAAAAAAGAGGAGGGGAAUAAGUCGGUUGUGGUGUGCCGGAACCGAUGUCGUGGUAGGCCUGUAAUAAAAGAGGGCAAAAAGGAAACCUGUUUAAAAGCAAUCAACAACCUUAAAUAGCCUAUCUGUAUGGUAACAGCUGAGUGAGUAAUGAGGUGCCCGGCGCUUUCAACAGCCCUCUAACUUGUGCAAGGGGAAGUAAGGAAAACAUGUUGGCCAUCUAGCGUAAACUGGGUGUGGGGUAGAGAAGUUAAACAAUAGACUGCAUAAAUAGAUGAGAUUUCCUGAGACAAUACUGCAAAAGACGUGGUGACUGUGGGAGAUAUGUGUGUCCACAAGAAACUGUAUAGCCGCUUGACAACUAGACUACCUAGUAACCUAGCUGAAAAGACUAGCGUCCCCCAAAUCCGGCCUACCUCACAUCUGUGAUUAAACUGUUGAUCCAAAAGAAGGCGAAAAACCCAGUUUGAUGCGCUUUCCAAUUUGCAACAAGCUAGGGAAAACAUUCCUUCUUGACCCCAGAAUGGCAGUCGGAUUUAUCCUUGGAUCAAGCAGAUAUCGCCCUACAUUGAAAGAUGAUGUCCGGUCGUGAUGACAAGUGUUUAAAUAGGUCUGAUAGUGAUUAUAAAACUUGGAUGUAGAUGGGAAAUCUGGAGAUUGAAAAUUCCCAGAACCUGAACCCUUGAGUAUGGUAAUAAACUGGUAUGACGACAUGGAAAAGCGUGUGACUAGAAACCUGUACAACAUGUGAAGUUAUAGACCGUAUAGGUAGAGUUGAUGCAAGUAAGAGAUGGCAAAAAGAAGCAAGUCAAUCGCGGACAACAUAUCAACAGAGACAGUACACGUGAAAAGUGAGACAGGAGCCUCGAAGGGGAAGAAGGUCCGAAAACACAGGCACUGCGAGUGCUAGAAAAAUGAGAGCCCGACGUGAAAGAAGGCAACCACGCGCUUAAAAACCUGGCAGCCCACGAACAAGCCCAGAAAAGCCAGGAAUGGAAGCGGCUGAGGGAGAGGCCAUAGGCAGGGCAACAUUAGAAAGCGUAAAGGAGGCACAGGACUGAUCAUACGAAAGAGGUGCUGGAAGACCGGUUCGGGUCCAGCCAAAGCGGCAGAUGCCAGUUACCCAGACUGCCGCCCGACACCGCCCCAUUGCCGACAGCGGCGAUACCCGUGUAGGUGGACAGACACUGAGGGAACAGCUGACUGGAAGGCUGCCAUGGGGGAAUAAGCUGACUCGCGAGAACCGCAGCGAAUCGAGGAAGCGCCCAGGACCUGGAAAAAAAGGUAGGCAUACCCAAAACACAGGGUGAUGAGAACCAGACCUGCUAGAAAAGACGAAAAAGACCCCGCAUAAGCGACCCAUCGUGAGCGUGAGCGUGAAAGUGUAAUUGUGCGAGCUGGCAUACUAGCUAAUGCCAAAAGGCGAAACAAUUAAAACUAGGUUUGGUGACAGGGACAAACGCACAGACCCCUCCCCCCCAUAUAAAACCCUGCUCCCUGGUCCUUGUGAAAACCGAAAGAGACUCGCCCGCCUGUUAGUCAGACAGUGAAGACACACCAGAUGCACAUAAAAAACAACAUACAUGCAAUUAGAAGUAGCAGCAACAGAUACCUGCAUAAAUUGCAAGCAUGUCUGCUUUCCCCAAGGCAAACAGUGAGCUGGGAAUAGCAUAGAUGAAGCAGGCAAUCAAUCACACAUGUUCCAUCUCACACUUGCACCCAGCAACCUCAAGCCCCAAGUGAGGAAAAAAGGGGGAGCUGAGCAGUCACGUGUGAGACAAAACAGCACAUGAAAAAUCCGGUACCAAGACCCCAUCUCCUCCAUAAUAGCAGUGUCCAGAGACACUUGCCCGGCAGGGCCAGCCCAAAACUUUUUUUUCUUUUUUUCGUGUAACCUCAACAAGCUAAAAGCUGCCCUGUAUACAUGGUGUUUACAAUCAUCCAAGGUUCUUUAGCUUAAUAUUCACUAACGAUACAAAUAUGUAAACUGCAAAAACAUAUAUAGCUCAGAUGCUCAUUUUGAACCUACCACUGUGUGAAACUCAACAUGUAUUUUUUUUUAUUUAUUUUUUUAAGAUUCCGAAAAAACGCAUAUAGUUGUAUAUGUCUGUCUAUAUAUUUGUGUCGAUCUGUCUCUAUAUAUCUCAAACACAUGCAGUUAUAUUGAUGAGGUAUUACCCCAGUGAAUGUUAGUCUCUGUGCGGUCCUCGCAGCAGAGAACGGGUUAACUACUUCUGAAUGUCGCUUACCUAACCAGAUUUGUUAAAGGACUCCACAAAACAUAUACCGGUCAUGCCCAAGCAUCCCACCUUUCCCAGAACUGCACCCGACAACAUGUCUGUGCGGCCGCAUGGACGCACGACCGUCGGCGAGUGCAGACCCGCGACCGCGCCGCCGACUGUCAAGUACACCCGGAAGAGAGGCGCGGCAAGCAGAGCCGCCAGCGGAGGCACCGCAGCAGAGCGCCUCCCCACCCCCCAAGAGACCAAAAAAAAAACCCCCGCAAAACCGGAGACCCGAGGCUGGCAGCACCAGAGGCAGAGCCCAGGAGGACUGCAGACCAACGAGCAGCAAGGGAACAGCGAAGCCACGAGGAACAGGAGAGGAAUGACGACCCGACAUGCGAGUCGUCAAAACGAAACAGGACUGAGGAAGGUGAGGAGGGGGUUUAAGUAGGUUACCAUGCCCCUCCCACAACUGCAGGCCAAGCCUUCACAUUUGUCAGAACCGACCCAGUUUGUUUGCAUUAUGUAAUCACCAUAACUAUUGUUGCAACCUUACAGACAUAUCACUGUUGACGCAUUACCGACCUAACUAGCAAAGCCUUUUUACAUGCAUGCAUACAUUACUUAUGUCGUCAAAAGACUAAGUUGGGCAGUGAUAGAGCCUAAUGGCGGUAACACUUACUCUUGAAAUAGCUGACUAUUUAAGCCUGACUAUAAUAUAAAUGUGCCUAUUAAUGCUUAUGUCCCACAUGUUUAGCGAGGAGAUUGCAUGAGGACUGCUUUUGGGGCACCUCACGCCUGCUUGUAUCAUCUAUAUGCACUGCAACAAUAAAAAAAUAAAAUAAAUAAAUGGCAGAGGCAUGGCUUAUACACCAAAAAAUACUCCAUUAAGCUAAAGUUGUUUUUGUACAUAUAGUGUCCCUUUUAAUAGUGCCUCUGCAACAUUCUAUUCUGCUUCUAACUUUUUUUCUUUCUUUCUUUUCAUCAUUGUAUAAAAAUAUAUACAAGAACUCCCUGAAGGAAUUAUAAAUACUUUAUUUAACUUAUGUGCUAUGUGGGAAUAUUAACUACAUAACCGGUUCAUAUAUAAACUACACAAUUCUGUGUGCUGACUUCUUGACCGUUCUUCGGUUUUACGAUUCACUCCGAACUGAUUUUGCACUUAGUGUUACAGGGAUACUAUAGGCACCAAAACAACUUUAUUGACAUACACUCGCCUAACAAGUUAUAAGCUAGUCUAUAAUUUCAUAAAAUGGUGAUGGUCCAGUAUGUGCUUUAACUACUGGUAACUUAACGUACAAUAUGCCAGUUAUUGUGUGUCUUUGACCAUCAUUUUUUUUUUUUUUUUUGACAAAAUGUUUUCACAAUGCAAAUGCUACUGUUACCCAUAGUAUCUGUAAUUGCACAGCCAAAAAUAAAACAAACAAAUACAUUUUAAAGAUUGUGGUUACAUCCCUUAAAUCAGUGAGUUUGUGGCACACUUUGAAAUGUCAUGAGUUACAUCUGUUCGCCACAGUACACUGGUUGAGAACAAGAAAACCAGUUAUUUAACUCCUGCUAAGAGGUAUUUUGAGGUGUAGUUCACUCAGGUGUUUACUCUCCAUCCUUAUCAUUGAAUGCAAUUACUCUACCUUGAAUGUAGAGUUCAUAGACCCACCUUGCCAUUUUCUUACUUCUUGCUGAGCGCUGGUAAAAAUGGGGACGUGCAUCAAUGCUUAACUUCUCAUUAACGUUACCAAUUCUUCUCAUAAGCACUUGUUCUCAUGCACUCACUUUAUUGGCAAUCCACCUUUCACCUUUUUAACCUUUGCUACAGUCCUAAUCCUCCCUGGAUAGAAUUGAUAACAUUGUGCAAACACAAACUUAAAAAUUAUCUCAAUAUUUGGUGUUUAUAUACCGUAUUUACUCAAAUCUAAUGUGCACCUUUUUUUGGGGGUGGGGGGGGGGGAAAUUCCAAAAUUUGAAUGCACAUUUAAUUCAGGGCGAAAUUCGAAAUUUUCUGUCAAAUUUCAUUCCUGCAAAUUCACACAGGCAAAUUUCGUUCCUGAAAGAGAGCAUACAAAAGAAUAGACUUAACAUGUAACCCUAAAAUGUACUAUUGCAUUUGGCAAUAAACCUUUUAAUUGUAGCGCAAUGUCGUAUAGUCGUGUCUUCUUGUAUAAAUGCGCAUUACAUUCGCCAGCAAAAACAUUUUUCAGCUUCCAGGUUUCAAAAAUUGUGAUGCACAUUAGAUGACGCAUUGGAUUAGAGUAAAUACGGUAAUUCAUUUUUCAGUACUGUUUCCUUGAAUCUCUACAUUCUUUGCAAAUGUCAUGAAUGUACAGAUAAUUUCUCAAGUUUGGCUAGUACUAGUUAACGUGAAGCCGCGAUGGGGGAGCCAGACGUGCCAGAGAAAGUAAACCCUAACAAAGUCUAUAGUACAUUUUAGAAAUGUUUGUAUAUCUGUAUAAAAAUGUGUGCUUCCUGGUAUAAAAAAAAAUAGAAAAAGGUCAAGUGAUGCAUGUCCCUUUUUAGUAAAUGAUGAGACCAGCACACAAUAUGACCUUUAUAGCCAGUUCAGAUGCUUUAUUUAUGUAUUUCCCACCACCACAUCCGGAAAAUAUUUUAUUUAUUUUUCCUUUUAUAUUCUCCACACAGUUCCUAAUUCUUUGAAUUAUUGUUUAAUAUUUUUGUUUUUUAUUAAUAUAAAUAAAAACAUUUUUAUCAUUAUUAUAAUUAUAGUGUGUAUGUUGACUAUAUAUUGUUUUUAAAAACAAAACAAAAAAACUGUAUUUCUUGUUCAUAUGUUUGAUACGUUAUUUGGCUGAGUUUGAGAAAGCUCAAGUGAUAUCGAAACAAGAUAAUUCUCUGAAAUCGUUCCCACUGAGGCUGAAUGUGGGUGAAAACCUUUUGGUUCAGGCCUGCCUAGGAGAGGAGCUCCUGCAAAACACGUCUCUCCUCCAUGACAGUCAGGCCCUGCCCCCCGCUGUUCUAUAUUUUAAAAAUCAAAUUGUUGGUUUGAAAUUUAAACGUUGCAUUAAACAGUAACUAUAUGUGUUACUUGUGACAAUACAAUGUGCAACUUUACUCUGGAAAGAGGAAGUAUGCUUUCUGUUGUAACCACAGCAGUAUCGUUAGAGAAUAAUUCUAAAAAAAACACACACAAAAAUCUCUGGUAUAAAAAUGAAUCCCAGAAAUCGCAAUACAAUACCAUUUAUUUAUUCAUAGUAUCUAGGGCGGCAGAAUACCCAUAAAAUGGCGACUUUAAAGGAUUGCGUUAUUGCUUGCUAAGGUAGUACAAAUUGUAGAUGUUCAUUAGACAGGUUUCUGUACUGUGUGUUUAUUUAUAUUUUUUUGCUCCUCAGACACCAUUGUGUGUCAAAGUAAUAAUGAACUUGAUUCAUUAUUUUAUAAGGUGAAGCUGCAUGUCCCUUCAGGCUAAUUUGAUAAUAGUACCGAUUUAUAAUAUUUUCUGUACAAACACCUCCUAAGGGUCUCCUGAAUUACCCUGUUUGAUGUCUUAGUUCACAGUGGAAGUGAGCGAUUUCUCAUAAGGAAGAAUUGGUUUCAAUGCUUCUGUUUUAGAAGUAUUGUUGGUGUGUGGCCAUUGCCUCUCAAGUAGUAGAUCAGAUGUGAGGGGAACAGACUGUCCUGGUGCUGGAAGAUGAAAUGAUUUAAGGAACACUGUAAUUUAAAGAAAUAAAUAUGUUGGCAUCAUUUCCGAGUGCAAAGACUAGCCCUGUGUACUUUUAAUUAAUACACCAUGGUUGUACACCACUGCAUAAAUCAAAAAUAAAACUUAAAAAAAUCACGGUUUAGUAGAUAUACCAUAAAUGGAAAAAUAAAUUAAUGCAUUUUUUUUUUUUUUUUCCUUCAUUGGGGAUCUAUCUAAAAACGGCUUUAAAAGUUGCAGGUCUCUUGUCUGCUGCCUUUGCAAAUUCCUCCCCGUCUAAUCCCUCCCAGACUUUGUGUGGCUGUCCAAUCACAGAUUUUAAAAUGCAGCUCAAAGAGAAGUCUCUACAAGGCAGGUUCUCUGUGCAAUUGAGUUUAGCUCCACUGAGUUAAAUAAACCAGGAAGUUACAAGACCAGUUGUGUGAUUGACUGCCAAGGGGGUGUAAACAAGGUUAAUUUUAAAUGUGCCACUUUUUUUUUUUUUUACUGAAAUCUGCACUUUUUAUCAAAUGAAAAACUCUGUCUCUCUGUCUCUCUGUCUCUUUGAGCAAGCUGAAGUACUUUAAGGGUCCAAAGUGUCCCUUUUAAAGCAUGUCUAACAAAGUCCUUGUUGCAGGCAAAAUAUCUGUUUUCCAGCAUGCAACUCUUUUACUGCAACUAUGGAUUCUGGGUAGGAAUGUGUGUACAUUUUGAGUCUGAUACUGAAUGUAAGCAUACACUAUGUAUGUUUAUGCUGAGAAUAAGGUAAUAGAAAGGGUUCUAGUUAGGAAGAAGCUGCGUUAUAAGCACUAUAUACUAGGUGAAUUUGUAGAAAAGGAGGCCAAUAUAUGUAUGGGUGUAUAUUUUGUGUAUUAAGAUCUUUUAAUCUUUUUAAGUUGCGGCUUUGUUACAAUUGUUUUCACGGACCACUAGAGGCACCUAGAUCACUUCACUGCAGUGGCCCUUUAAUUUUAACCCUGCAAUCUAAAGUAUUGUUUGUAACAUCUGUAACGUUUCCGUUGCACGGUUAAACACUCCUCUAGUGGCUGCUUUCCUGACAUCCACUAGAGACUAUUAGAACGGAGUCUGACUGUUCUCAAUUAAAUUCUGAUCCUAGAGAGUCGAUUGGCAUGCCAAUUUUAAGCGCAUGCACACUAGCCUUCCAAUGCUUACAACUUUUGAUGAUUUCAGCUUGGAAGGCAGAGCGGCUUGCAAAGAGUGAUGAAAUCAAGUAAUACUCGACUUUCGUGUCCUAGCCGCACAUGUGAGCAGACGUGCAGAACCGUAGCUCUCCCUGACUGCGGCACUAAAACUGCUUUAACAGCGUGACAAAACCUACAAACAUCGCAGAAACCUUGCACACCGAAGGGUAAAUACCCCUGUACCCCAUGGCUACUAAAAAAUUAAAACAACGCUAACCUCUCACUUAGAGAAGCAACAAACCGCGGAGCGGAAAAAUAAAAAUGGCACAGACGGACAGCACUCACCUACCCAUAGCUCUGAGGCAGGAGACAGCCAGCAAGAACAGAACAGCCCAGCAACAAACGCCUCCAUCAGUCUAAUAAUGCAUGAGCUGCAAGCCUCUUUUAAAGCAGACCUCAUGCAAAUGACUGCAGAUAUUAAAGCAGACAUUCACAGCAUGGGGGAAUGCACUACCCGUCUGGAAUACAGGACAGAGGAAUUAGUGGAAGCACACAACUCCAUGGCAGAUGCUUACUCAUCCCUAGAAAACAAAAUUAAAGCACUGGAAGAAAAGGUGGCCGAUCAAGAAGACAGGAGUAGAAGAAACAACAUCCGCAUAAGGGGCAUAACAGAAACUAUUAUGCAACAAGACCUACCCAGGUAUGUCAAAGACCUGUUCAAGGCCUUAAUCCCCUCCUUGUCUGGAUUUGACUUGAUUCUAGACAGAACGCACCGGCUCCCCAAGCCUAAACACCUUCCCCCUGACACCGCAAGAGACACCAUCACUAGAGUUCACAAUUUCUCUACGUUUUUAGAAUGAUACCCCUUGGGAUGACACACCACUACUGUAAAGCACUACAAAAACUAUGUGGUACCUUUUAUCUGGGGUGGUAAAAGACCCACUCUGACUUGAACCCGUCGAAAUAAAGUGAUGCAAAAAUUAUAUUGACCGGUUGCUCACAGAUUAUGACAAGUUAACCUAUAACUUUUUGACAAAGUGCUGAUUUGUAGGAUCUAGUUUGGUUGAUUCUUCCUAAAUUGCUAUCCUGUUUUUUGUUUUUUGUUUUUUAAAUAAAUUUUUUAGUGUUGAGUUGGUGAGAGAACCAGCAUUUGUGGACACUUAAUCUAUAGAAGUCUGAAACUGCUGGCACAAAUCUGCUAAUGCAAAUCUUGGUUUGAAGUCCAUCCUUAUCAAAAUACUCAUCACAAUUGCCAUGGUGUCUCUAGAGCAAUGGUUCUCAAGUCACAUCAACAUUCCACAUUGUAGGCAUGUAACAAAUCUAGGGAUGGGCCUUGUGGACUCGUUUAGGAUAGCCAUGAGACUGGAUAUCUUUCUGAGCUAGCCAUGGGAACUAGACUUACAGGGUUGUUCGCUAAAGUGAAUUUGAAGUUUAAGGCCAAAAUAACCAAACUGACCAUUUCUCAAAGUUAGCUAUGUUUCCAGUUCAGCUACUCUGGCCUUAAAUUUGAAAUUUCCUCCAAAUUCAUUUUGAAUUCUCACUUUAAUGGAUAACGCUGCUUGUCCUUAAUAAAACCACAUCAUUGGAGACCAAACGAGAAUAUGCUGUCAGGUUCUCCUUGCACAUUGUGACUUUUUCCAUAUAGCUAAUUACUGUUAUUUACACUUAAUGGGAUACUAUGGGCACCAAAACAACUUCAGAUUAAUUAAGCGUUUUUUGUGUAGAUCGUGCCCGUCCAGUCUCACUGUUCAAUUCCCUUCCAUUUAGGAGUUAAAUCACUUUUGUUUAUACAGUCCUUGAAACACAUACUUGCAUUUCACUUGCACAGCCUUCCUUUAUUGCACAGUCUGUUUAAUUCAGAACUUCUCUUCUCCUGCUCUGUUAAUAGCCUUGUAGAGCCUGCAGGAAUCUCCUGUGUGUAAUUCAAUUUUAAUAUACAGAGCAAGUUAUAACUUCUAAAGCAAGUUGACAUCUGAUUGAAAAUGAAACAAUUUUUUUUCAUGCAAGCUGUGUGAAUUACAGUCAUGGGAGGUGUGGCUAGAGCUGCAUAAACCGAAACAAAAGCGAUUUUUAACUACUAAAUGGCAGAGAAUUGAGCAGUGAGAUUGCAGGGGCAUGAUCAAUACACCCAAACUGUUUUGGUGCCUCUAGUAUCCCUUUUAAACCCUGGAACAAUACCAAAUAUGUUUUUAUUUUGCUGGCAAAAAAACUGAUUUUAGCAAUGCUAUCAUGAUUUAAAUUUGUGUUUUACAGAUAUGCUUUUACAGUCAUGGCAAAUAUUGCAGUAUAUGCAGUAGCCUGGUUACUGCUACAUUUUCAGGUGGGCCAGACCAAUCCCGAGGACUCAGAACACCUGGGGCCACAGGACAUUACUGUUUUUAGAGUGAGUAUUGGGUGGGAUCGUCAAAACACAAAUUACUCUUUGUAGGAGAAAUAAUGUAUUUAGCAGAAAGAGACUAUAAACGUACGAUGAUCUUGCAACUGUAAACAUAUUAUUCGGCCGAGCUCACAUUUGCCUCUUAUGUUACUUUUUUUUUUUUUUCUAAUUAUGAACUUUUUUUAAUGCAUUUUUUUUCAUUUGUCUGUCAUUCUGUUGAUCCUUUUCACUGGAAAUUGUGAGUUGUUUUGUUUCCCCUUUUCUUUUUCUUUUUCUUCUUUUUUAUUUAUUUGUAUUCUUUUGCAUUCAUUUUUGAUCCCCUUUCACGGUUUGUUUCAGUGUGCAGGUUCCUCCUUGUGGUAUUUUUAAAAAUAACUGCAGUUAACCUUGUGGUCAGAUCAGAAAGUGGUAAAAAACUCCCUAAUGUUGUAAAGUAAACUUUAAAAUAUAGGGGGAGUUUCAAGGCAAAAACAAGUGCUGUUAUGGGACAAUUACUAAAGAAAUGUAAACCAAUAGAAUGUCUCUUAAAGGGACACUAUAGUCACCAGAAGAACUACAGCUUAAUGUAGUUAUUCUGGUGAGUAUAAUCAUUGUCUUCAGGCAUUUUCAUGUAAACACUGUAUGUUCAGAGAAAAGGCAGUGUUUACAUUGCCCCUAGGGACACCUCCAAGUGACCACUCCUCAGAUGGCCACUUGAGGUGCUUCCUGGCUCAGUGCUGCACAGUAAGCAGCCCUGCUGUGCAGCAUCUCCACGCUCUGCAUGGAGAUGCUGAAUUUUCCUCAUAGAGAAGCAUUGAUUAAAUGCAUGUCUAUGAGGAGGUCCUGAUUGGCCCCGCUGUGCUGAUUUUAGCCAAGCCAAUGCUUUCCCUGUGGGAAAGCAUUGGACUGGCUAAAUAUCUGCCAUUUUGAUGAUGUCACAAAGGGGGCGGAGCCAGUGCCAGCAGACCCAUCGAGAGCUGGAAAUAAGGUGAGUUUUAAACUUUUAUAGGGGGGCUAAGGGGGGGCAAGCCACCUAAAUUGUGGGUUUAGCACUAUAGGGUCAGGAAUACACGUUUGUGUUCCUGACCCUCUAGUGAUCCUUUUAACCUUUUUAGCACUUUGUACACAUAAUAGCACCUGUUCUGCCUUGGCAAAUCUUUCAUACUGCUGUACACAGAUACAGGCACACACCAGACGUACUUUAUAUAUUCACUGCGUCACGGAUGUUAAAAAUCCACUGUGCAUAUUGCACACCACCCAACUGUCAAAAUUUAGAAAGGACUGUCCCUAUUUUUAGCCCAGAUCCAUCUGUCCCUCUUAUCCUAAAGGAACAAUAUAGGGUCAGGAACACAAACCUGUAUUCCGGACCUCAUGGUGUUAAAACCACCAUUUAGGUGGCUUGCCCCCACUUGACUCCCCUAGAAGGGGUUAAAAUAUAACUUAUUUUCAAUGCCGCGUAGGUCCGCUGGCGCUGUCCCCGCCCCCAAUCCUCCUCCUCAGAAUUUACUAUUUUUAGCCAAUCCAAUGCUUUUCCAUAGAGAAAUCGUUAGAUUGGUUGAAAUCGGCAAGGAAGCGCGAUGGGGACAGGGCCAAGCACCGUUUUGGCCAAUCAGAAUCUCCUCACAGAGAUGCAUUAAAUCAAUGCAUCUCUAUGAGAAAAUGCCAGCAUCUCCAUGCAGAGCGUGAAGACACGACACUGAAUGACAGUGCUGCUCACUCUGCAGCACUGCCCCAGGAAGCACCUCCAGUGCCCAAUGUAAGCAAUGCCUUUUCUCUGACUAUAAUAUUAUCAUUAUUAAAGGGAUACUAUAGACAUCAAAACAACUUAAGCUUAAUAAAGCGGUAUUAGUAUAUAGAUCAAGUCCGUACAGAUUCACUGCCCUUUAGGAGUUAAAUCACUUUUGUUUCUGUUUAAGCAGCCCUAGCCACAUCUCACAUCAUGUAAACAAAAAAUGGUUUCAUUUUCAAUCACAUCUUAAAUUUACAAUAGAAGGUUUUCACUUUAAUUGAUGAGGCUCCUGCCAUUUCUCCAGAGCAGGCGAUAAACAAUUCUAAUUAAACAGUAUGUGCAAUAAAGAAAGUGUAAACUUUAGAUUUCUUCACAUAAAGUGUUUAGGAAGGCUGUGUAAGUCACAUGCAGAGAGGUGUGACUAUGGUGUAUAAAAAGUGAUUUUUAACUCCUAAAUGGCAGAGAAUUGAGCAAUGAGACUACAGGAGCAAAAUCUAUACAGCAAAGUAACUUCACUAAAGUUGUUUUGGUGCAUAUAGUAUCCCUUUAAGUAUACAGGUGUAAUGAAAAGAAUGACAAAUAGAACACCACAAGCAACUGUAUGUGGAGUUGAUUUCUUUGGAAACUCUUAUAACACCUGGGUUAAAUAUAUUGUAAUUACUAAUUUUAAGGAACACUAUAGGGUCAGGAGCACAAACAUGUACUGUAUUGUUACACCACCACCUAGCCCCCUGAUCCCUACUGCUUCCCUAAAUAUAGUCAAAUUUUACUUUUAUAUCAGUCUGCUGCUGGAUCUACACCCGAUCUGCCUGCUUGUCUGACAUCAUCAGAAGAGGUGAUUUGAGCCAAUCACAAUGCUUUCCAAUAGGAAAGCAUUGGGUUGGCUCAGCAUGUCAUGUCAAGGAAGCAGAGGUGUCCUUAGGCUGUAAUGUAAACACUGCCUUUUCUUUAAAAAGGGUGUUUGCUGCAAAAAGCCUAAAGGGAAUGAUUCUACUCAACAGAACAAAUACAAUAAGAUGUAGUUUUGGUGACGAGUGUCCCUUGAAUUUUUUAUUUAUUUAUUUAUUUGAAAUUUAAGGCUGCAGUUUGCUAUUUUACUCUAAGGGUGACACAGCCUAUUAAGUACUUGCUAAUAAAUUGUUCGAGGGGCACUAGGUGAGACACCAUGGAACUCUCAGGAUAGCGGGGCUGGACUCCAAUAUCAGGGCUGUGCUGCCAAAAUCAAGAUGGUUGGGAGGCCUGCCAUACCCCUUACUCUAAGAAAUUAUUUCUGUUCAUAUCAGUAAUGCUAUCAGGAUUUCCUAGCUAAAGUUGUAUAGAGUGGUCUGUGACUGACAUCUACAGGCCUCCCUGUAAUGCGGAAGUACCAACAUGCUCUCCAUACCAAGCACACUGUGAUUGGUGCUGGGCAGCUGUCAAAACCCAGCGGUGAUCACAAUCGGCAGUAUGGCAUGCAGGGAGACUUUGUCAGGAGCUUAACAUGAUCCACUCCACUGUGGUGUUUUCAAUGAAUUCAUACCUGGGUCUCCAUGGUGUAAACAGGGAUUUGACCCUGCCUUAGGGAAUAGUUCAAAUAUUGUAACUACUACAGUCCACUAAAGUGGUUAUGGUGCCAGAAGUGCCCUCACAAAGUGAUUUGUCAAGUCAUUUUAGAAUGGUUUGAUAAUUUACCUGGUUCCUGGAGAAUCUCGUUAUCUCCAUUGCGAUAUGCAGGGCAACUCUCAACCAAUUAUUAUGGUCCUGUAUCGGGCCUUCAUAGCUUAGUAAAAGUAUCUGACGUGUCCUGCAGACGAAGACUGGAUGUGGCUCUUGCACCCCUGGAAACGGGUAAGUUUUCAAACCAUUCUGAUUCUGACCUAUUACUGUGGGAGGGUACCAGGCACUACAGGUCACUUUCUUAAGUGCUUUUUGAAAUGUUUCUUUACGCCAAAGUUUGUAAUUUUUGUAAAAACCAUGCAUUAGUCCAGAAAUAUGUCUGUACUGGCUAAACUACUAAGAAACACAGGGAGAGAAAAAAGCAUCCCUUUAUCUUUAAUUCCCACUGCAUAAAUAAUUUAGUUUCUUUAAUAGAACAUUUCAGCAGUAUACUCCCAUGAAGUAAGCACUAUGGUCAUGCUUUAGUUAAAUAAAAUGAUGUGGGUGCCACGUUCCGGUCAGCAUAACCCUGCAAUGUAAAACAUUGACAUUUUGCAAAGACAGCAAUGUUUACAUUGUAGGGUUUAAACACCUCACUCUGACAGACAUAAGAGCCAUUUCCUCCAAGCACUUCUGUCCAAAUAGUCUCUAUGAAAUAGAGUUUCACUUUGCUAUCUGAUUGGCGCAUGCGUGGCGGUGUUCUGCACAAGGCGCACUCGCUGCCGAAUGCUUUUCUGUAAGAAAACAUUGGAUUGGCUGAAAUUGACUGAGGCAUGGAAAAAAGCUGAGUGAAACCGCUUUACUUCCUUCGGACAGGAGGAGGGGAAACACACCCCUGAACUUCUAGGGAUUCUGCAUACUGCCUCGUUAAUAAUUUUUAAUUUUUUUUAGAGGUUGGUUGGCAUUGAAUCCUCCUGAUAUUGAUAAUACAUUAAUAUGCGCAAAAAUAAUCUGCCUCAUCAAUGCAGAUUCUGAAGUGGGCUCUACCCAGACCAGGAAGUAGCAUAGCAUUUUCAGCCAAUUACAGUCCUCUGUCUUCAAUGGCAACAUUGAGCAAAGCCCCCAAACCUGUUAAAAGGCGUGAAUGAAACUGUUGUUGUAUAUAAUAAGCCACGCAAGGAUUCUCAGACUUGGUAGCAGGAUUUUAUAUACAAAUAGCAGUGAAGACGACUACCGAAAUCAACAGUGGAAACUGACCAACUGAUAGUUUGUGUUUAAGAUAUAUAUAUAUAUAUAUAUAUAUAUAUAUAUAUAUAUAUAUAUAUAUAUAUAUAUAUAUAUAUAUAUAUAUAUAUAGAAGACUUUCACUGGACCAUUGGUAACGUUGUGAUGUAAAAGAAUUGUUUAGAGCUCUGAAUACAUUUCUGCAUAUGCACCAUUUCACUCAUUUAAAAACAAAUAAAAAUAAAAUUGUCUUUUGCAGGCUUUAGCCCUAAUCAUGGUGGGUUUGGGUGCUUUGUUCUCGCUGGUUUUCCACCUUGGAACGAAGGAAAGGCCGCACAGUUUUCAAUAUCUUGUCGAAUCAGAUGAUACAGAAGCUGAUCCACUUCCCGAACAACCCAAAUUUUCCAGUCCAGCAAAAUCAUUAGUGCGAUGGAACAGGUGGCUUUUGGAACCGUCAUUCUAUCAGGUAAGAAGAUAACAUGCAAGUGUUUGGGGGAGGUUUCAGUUUUUAACUGGGGUUUUUCUCACCGUUGUUCAUUUCCUGCAGAUGGCUCUUCUGUACAUGUGUACGCGGCUCAUAGUGAACCUAUCCCAGACGUAUAUAGCUGUUUACUUGACCUAUUCCCUAUAUCUACCCAAGGUAAGAAUCUUCACAAAAUCUUCAUACACUCUGAUUUUUGUCUUUUCUUCCUCCUCUAUCCCACUGUCCAUCUCAUCGGUUGAAAGAUAGUUUCCACAUUCUGCUUGCUGGUUUUUUUUUUUUCUUCUAACUACAACUGUAGACAGUGAAAAAUACCUCAUUUUAUUAUUUAAAUGCUCCCAGAUACAAGAGUGAAGUACACAUAAACUCCUAAUGUUAUGAUUACCUUGCCCUCUGAGAGGGAGUUAGACAGACAUGUGGUAAUAUAUUAAGUUAGUAUAUUAAUAUGGCAGUAACCGGAGAUGUAUGCUGAACAAAGCUAAUCAAACAACGUAACAGAAUUAUAAAAUGACAUUGAGGUGACCCAAAUUGGAUUGGGUCGAGAAGUAGAAUGCUUAGAAGGCUCUGCUCACAAGGCCAUAAUCAGCCGAUUCAAGUUUGGGCGCCAAGCACAGUUCCCAAAGGCAUCUAGAAGACUUGAGGCCCAGGUGCUUGGUGACCGUUAGAUGCCGACAGGGACCCAUGUGCCAUGGGGACUGCAACCGCCUGCCAGAGUGAUCAGAAGCCGUGGCCUCGUGACCCAAAGGUAAUAAAUUAUAUGAGAGCCGGAUUCUCUGCCGUAACUGGGGAUACACCGUUCGACGUUGCCAGAAUUGUGGAGGAGCUCCAGCAUGUGCUUUCUCACAAACAUAACCAUCCCUUGGACACGAGACACUUAAAGAAGGAAGUAAAGUUUUGGUCUGCUUUGCAAGUAUAGAAGUCUGCAUUAGCUGGUGAAGCUUGGACCAAAAAUCCACAAAUAACCUAUCUGGGUUGGCCAGAAUAGUGGUUAACAGACCAUCUGAGUCUGAAAAGGUAAUUGCGUUGGCCAUUUUAGGAAGGAUGGAACCCCUUGUGUUCGUUCUAUGAAACAUUCAGCAGAUCACUAUAUCUUCAUUGUAUGUGUCGUGUUUUCAAUGGACCUGUUUCUACCUGGUGUAAACCAAAAUUUGACCCUUUCUUAAGAAGCACUUCAAAUACUGGAACCACUACAGCCCCUUAACCCCUUAAGGACCAAGCUUCUGGAAUAAAAGGGAAUCUUGACAUGUCACACAUGUCAUGUGUCCUUAAGGGGUUAAAGUAGUUAUGAUGCCAGAAGUGCCCUUAGGCCCUCACAGAGUAAUUUGUCAAGUCAUUUUAGAACGGUUUGACAGCUUACCUUGUUCCCAGGGAAUCUGGUCAUCUCCACUGCGAUAUUAAGGGACAGCCUGGGUGUCUCAACCAGUUAUUAUGGUCCUGUAUCGGACAUUGUGCUGGGAUUACACUCAUUGGCUUGGGGUGGAAUAGCAGAAGAUCCUCAGCAGUUUCAGGCUCCAGAGGAACUACGGACGGAGAGAUCGACUGCCUUGCCUGCGCCACCACCUAGGCCAAAGAACUACCUGACACCCAAAAGUGUUUUAAGAAAUUCUGUGUUGCAAUAACUCUGCACACAUCGCUGAGGAAUAAGGUAUGUAUAAAGCCCAGGUAGCCCGCCACAUAAACAUCAAAAGGCUUUAAAGUCGUCUGUUUGCGCAGAGCUCAGGUUAAAUACCACUUCUCUGCAUUGAGAUCAGGCUCUUCCACUACAAACUUUUUGCUCACUUUUUCUAUUUUGUGUUGUGUAAUGUCUGUUUGUUAUGUUUAGUAAAUUUGAUUGUCUUGUUUCUCUAGAAUUAUAUUGCUACCAUUCCUCUGGUCAUGUAUGUAAGUGGAUUUGUCUCAUCAUUCCUUAUGAAACCCAUCAAUAAAUGGAUUGGUCGCAAUGUAAGUGCUGAAUUAGCCUCUGUGUUUUUGUAUUUGGGGAUGGGUGUUCUAUGUGGCAUAAAGUAAUUUUUACUUUAUCUUGUGAUUUGUUUUUAUUUAUUUUUUCAGCUUACCUACUUCAUGGGUCUUCUAUUCAUUGCUGCCUUCUCAGCCUGGGUUGCACUAGAUCCAAAACUUGGAGUUGCAGUCUAUGGUGCUGCUGUCAUUUUGGGCUCAGGAUCUGCCACAAUCUUGGUCACCUCCCUCUCCAUGACAGCAGAUCUCAUUGGGUCUCAGUCGGUAUGUAGACAUUUGUGUCUGAAGUUCUAUCCAUCAUUGUGUGCAGUAUGCAGACUUGAAACAAUGACCUGCUUUUGUCAUUUUCGGAAUAGUAGAAAUAUAGAUUCCUAUUUAUUCUCUUAACUCCUGUAUUAUUUUAUUAAACUAUAUAUCGGGAUGGAUCAGCUUUAAAAAUCACCCCUUUGCUAGCUUGUUGAUCUACUAAGUAUUGAUAUAUCCACUAUAAAGUAUCUAGUACGUAAUGUGUCUGGUAUUUAGCACCCUAUGGAGCACCUUCCCCUGAAAUACCAUAUAUGAAAACAAGCAAUUGCCAUACAUCUCUGUAGCACUUUGAGCAUUUCAAUCGACACUUCUUGUUUAAGACCAUUUAGAUGGCUUAGCACAUGUGAAGUACUUUUGAUACUAGGAGACUGAACUCUUAAAGUCUUCGGUGGAUCUGCCAUCCUCUCCUUGCUACAUGUUGGUCCUGUAUAGAAAUCCAGUUUAGCCCGUUAAAAACGUUAUUUGAUUUUGUGCAUUGACACUGAAGUCUGAUUAUAGGUAUUGUUAUCAUGAACCUUUUGAUGUUUCCACUAGGGGGCACUGUUUCAUAGUUUGUGACUGGCCAGCUUAUUCACUAAGCAUUGCAGGGAAUUUUAAAUUUUUUGUCAAAUAGUUUUUAUUGAUAAAAAAUUUUGAUAAAACAUAAUAUAAUUUUGAAAACCACUAAUGAACAUUGUACAAUUAAAGGACCACUAUAGUGCCAGGAAAACAUACUUGUUUUCCUGGCACUAUAGUGCCCUGAGGGUGCCCCCACCCUCAGGGACCCCCUCCCGCCCGGCUCUGGAAGGGGGAAAGGGGUUAAAACUUACCUUUUUCCAGCGCUGGGCGGGGAGCUCUCCUCCUUCUCUCCUCCUCCGUUCCGCCCCGUCGGCUGAAUGCACACGCGCGGCAAGAGCUGCGCGCGCAUUCAGCCGGUCACAUAGGAAAGCAUUCAAAAUGCUUUCCUAUGGACGCUUGCGUGCUCUCACUGUGAUUUUGGGGACACUAGGGAACACAUGGGGACACAGAUACUGGGAGACCUGGAGAUACUGAGAUACUUGUGGUCACUGGAAAACAUGGGGACGCUGUGAGACAUAGGGACAUUGGGAGACACUGAGACAUGGAGAUACUAGGGACACAGUGUCCCCAUGUCUCCUAUGUCCCCCAGCCAGUGUCCCUAGUGGCUCAGUGUCCACAAACUCCAAGUUUCACCUAGUCUCCCAGUGCCUGUGUCCCCAUGUCUCUGUGUCCCUAGUGACUCAGAGUCCCCAUGUCUCCCAGUGUCCCCAAGUCUCCCAGUGUCUGUCCCCAUGUCUCUGUGUCCCCAUGUCUAUAUCCACAAGUGUCCCUUAGUCUCCCAGUGUCUGUGUUCCCAUGUCUCUCAAUGUCCCUAGUGUUUUAGUGUCCCCAAAUGUUUGUCUCUGUGUCCCCAUGUCUCUGUGUCCCCAAAUGUGUCCCCAUGUCUAUGUCCACAAGUGUCCCCUAGUCUCCCAGUGUCUGUGUUCCCAUGUCUCUCAAUGUCCCUAGUGUCUUAGUGUCCCCAAAUGUUUGUGUCCCCAUGUAUCCCAGUGUCUGUGUCCCCAUGUCUCUGUGUCCGUAGUGUCUGUGUCCCCAUGUCUCCCAGUGUCCCCAAGUCUCCCAGUGUCUGUCCCCAUGUCUCUGUGUCCCCAAAUAUCUGUGUCCCCAUGUCUAUAUCCACAAGUGUCCCUUAGUCUCCCAGUGUCUGUGUUCCCAUGUCUCUCAAUGUCCCUAGUGUUUUAGUGUCCCCAAAUGUUUGUCUGUGUCCCCAAAUAUGUGUCCCCAUGUCUAUGUCCACAAGUGUCCCCUAGUCUCCCAGUGUCUGUGUUCCCAUGUCUCUCAAUGUCCCUAGUGUCUUAGUGUCCCCAAAUGUUUGUGUCCCCAUGUAUCCCAGUGUCUGUGUCCCCAUGUCUCUGUGUCCGUAGUGUCUGUGUCCCCGUUUCUCCCAGUGUCCCCAAAUGUCUGUGUCUCAAUGUCUCCCAGUGUCCCCAUGUCUGUAUUCACAAGUGCCCCCAUGUUUCUCAGUGUCCCCGGGUCUCUGUGUACCCAUGUCUCACUGUGUCCCCUAGUAUCCUAGUGACAUGGGGACACACUGAGACAUGGGGACACUGACACUGUGAUACACUGUGAUACAUAGGGACACUGUGAUAUAUGGGGACACUGGGUGACUUGCGAUACUGAGACACUGGGAGACAGGGAGACACUGGGAGCAAUUAAUCUAUACAGCAGAAUUAAGCUCUGAGUAGUUUGUUGGUGAUUUUACAGAAUUUUCUCUUAUGUCACUCCUUGUGAUAACGCAUAACUAAUUAAUUAUACAAAUGAUUUAAGGCUGGUAUUUUUUUCCCCAAGAAAGGUGGCAACCCUAACUAUCCUUCACAUACUCUUGCGUAAAGGAACACUAUAGGGUCAGGAACACAAUCAUGUAUUUCUGACCCUAUUAUGUAAAAACCACCAUCUAGCCCAACUGAUCCCCACUUGCCUCCCUAAAUAUAGUAAAAUUUUACUUGUAUUCAAGUCUGCAGAUGCUGGCUCUGCCUCUGAGCUGACAUCAUCAGAAGUGGUGGUCUGAGCAAAUUACAAUGCUUCCCCAUAAGAUUUUCAGAGACUGUCACAUAGGCAGAUCGGGGCAGAUCCAGCACAAAUCAAACAUAGCCCUUGUCAAUCAGUAUCUCCUCAUAAAGAUAAAUUGAAUCCAUGCAUCUCUAUGAGGAAAGUUCAGUGUCUGCAUGCAGAGGUUGGAGACACUGAAUGGCAGUGCUGCACACUUGGCAGUACUGCCCCAGAAAGCACCUAUAGCAGCCAUCUAAGGAGUGGCUAGUGGAGUUAAAUUUCUCUGAAAAGACAGUGUUUGAUUCAAAAAGCCUGAAGGGAAUGAUUCUACUUACCAGAACAAAUACAAUAAGCUGUAGUUGUUCUGGUGACUAUAGUGUCCCAUUUAAGUUUGGAAGCUUAAGAGGGAUGUAUGGCAACAAAACUUGUGCAGACUGGCUGACAAAAUUAGUUUAGGUAAUGCAGACUUUGGUCUCUCUAACACUGUGGCGUGUCUCCUUUCUUCUACACUCACUACAUACACCUUUACUCUGUCCCAGACUAUAUACCAGGAACUUCUGCCUGCUAGUAAGAAGGUAAGGAGACAAGUGGACCAGCGAGUGCUAGGGGACAGUCCUUGGAAAGUGUGGAGUAAGCGCAUUAUUUGAUGCAUUUAUGUCAAGCUCAGGCUGCUGUCUGCAUAGUAUGCCCUUAGUUGGACAGCAUGCAUUCAUGCCAGGCUGGCCUUUCAAUUCUUUGGACAGACAUGCCCCUUUUUUGGGCAUGUUCGCACUUUUGGCAGUUAUGGUAACGUGAUUCGCACCAGUGGCACACCCUUUUACCUUGCCCAUUGACUUCCUGCUUCACUGGACAGUGCUAUUAGGGGGUAUGGAUUUACUUGAAAGAUGAAAGCAUAAAUUAGAGAGAGAUUAGUAUAGAGUAUGUCUUUUUAUAGCUGCAUCCUUUCCCUUCAACACCAUCUCCAUCAGAUACACGACGCUUGUGAGGUAUGGUUGUUUUAGUGUUUUUGGUCAAUAAGAUUCUGUAAUUAGGCCCAUCAUAAUUGUCAGCUCCAGGCCCACUGGGCUCUUAAUCUGGCCCUGAUUGGAAGUGUUGAUUAUUUUUAAAAGGUCAUGAUAAUAUCACAUGUGAAAACAAGACGAGUCCAGACUGAUUGAUAUGGCAAAAAAUAUGUAUUCUUAUUAUUGGCAUUUAUCUAGUCCCAACGUAUACAGCAUCACUUUGCAAUUUUAAUAUGGGAAUAUAAUGGCACAUAAAAAAUUAUUAGGAACUAAUGGGAAACCAGGUUAAAGUGCAAGAAAGAGGCAAAUUGAUACUUUAGAGAGAGUUCAGAGAAGGGCUACUAAACUGGUUCAUGGAUUACAGGAUAAAACGUACCAGGAAAGGUUAAAGGAUCUUAACAUGUAUAGCUUGGAGGAAAGACGAGACAGGGGGCAUAUGAUAGAAACAUUUAAAUACAUAAAGGGAAUCCACACCGUAAAGGAGGAGACUAUAUUUAAAAGAAGAAAAACUACCACAACAAGAGAUAUAGUCUUAAAUUAGAGGGACAAAGGUUUAAAAAUAAUAUCAGGAAGUAUUACUUUACUGAGAGGGUAGUGGAUGCAUGGAAUAGCCUUCCAGCUGAAGUGGUAGAGGUUAACACAAUAAAGGAGUUUAAGCAUGCGUGGGAUAGGCAUAAGGCUAUCCUAACGAUAAGAUAAGGCUAGGGACUAAUGAAAGUAUUUAGAAAAUUGGGCAGACUAGAUCGGCCGACUGCUUCUUAUCUACCAUCACAUUCUAUGUUUCUGUGUAAAUACGGGCAAUAUUUUUCAUGUAAGAUGACACGAUUUGUUGACAGGCUUGGAUAUGUGCUUGCAUUGUUACAUAAGUAAAAAAGGAGGAGAAGGUGGAAUGAAUCCCACCUAAUGGGGGUGCUAAGCGCUAGGGAAAAUAGUGGUCUUGUAGGAGACUAAAGACACUCAGGAGUAAAUACUCCUAUGAAGGCUUAGAAAAUAUGAAUAGUUAAAAAAUAAUAUUUAUUUUGCAUCACAGUGCAAUUGAUUCAUAAAAAAUAUAUAAAAAUAGAUAAUUAAAUACAUAAACAUCCAAUACAGAAGUAAUAACAAUGUACAGUCCUAUUAUGAGACCUGGGAAAAAGUGCCCGGCAUCAACCACUAAACAAAACAGUGAUAAGUGAAAAGUUGAACUAAACAGCCCUUGGUCGCGACUUCCAGGGCUGAAAUAUACUUGCAACUGGAUCAGUAGUGGUGAUAUUACAGUCUCUGGACUUUGGUUGGAUGGUAGGUAAGGCUCAACGCGUUUCGUCCCGCUUUGUUCAGGACUUCCUCAGGAGCUGUGGAUAUCUUCGGUUCUUCCGGAGUCUCUUUUUAUCUUCAAAUUUUCGCGCUCAAUUAAGCUAUUGCGUGUGCGCAGAAGGACACCGGCUUCCGUCAAGAUUGUUGCCGGAGCACAACAUCGAUGUGCCCGCCUCCAAUUACUAUCGGGAAAUGACCAAUGCGCAUGCGUAGCUGAAUUAAUGCGUGUUGAAACUUUAUUAGCAUCCGAAAACAAAGACACAUUGAAACACAUAAGCUAUAUUGAUAGCAGUUACAUGUGUCAAUCUAUUCGUUACAAUAGAUGCUUACAAUCAGAAUUAUAUAACCUAAGUGUGCCACAAACUUAACAUAUGUAUGUAAAAAAAGUUAAAUAUGUAAAAAAAUAUAAUAAUAAACUCUAAAAAAUAUUAUUUACAAAUGUUGCAUGUAUCAAUCAAUUAUGUGGCAAACCUUACAAUCUAAGGUCCAAAAAAUGGACAGAAAUUAUACCUCACCAUUAGAAUGUAUAUAAUAGGUGAAAGGUCAUACAUAAUAAUCUGAAUAUAAUAACCAGAAAUUAAUAGUUCUAUAUAUUAAAAGAAAUCUCAUAAAAAAUAUAGAAAAAUUUCAGUAUCUAACACCAAACGUGUACAUACAUCAUACAUUAUUUUCUUUGCAUUGUUACAUAGACUGAAAAGACGCAUGUAUCUAUCAAAUCCAGUAUUUAGAAUGUGUUUAUGCUGUUGAUACAAGAGAAGGUAAAAAAAACCGUUUAAAGCGCUUUCUAAUUUUGUAACAAACUAGAAAAACUUCCUUCUUAACCCCGGAAUGGAAGUCAGAUCUCUUUUUGGAUCAAGAACCUGUUACCACACAUAUUUUAAAAAAUGAUAUCCCUGAAUAUUAUUUGAUUUUUUUUCCAAGUAUUCAUCCAGGUUAGUACGGGAAGGGGUUACAGUAGGGUGAAGCAAGGAGUUGAGGGUAUCAGAGACACUUGGAAUAGCUAGUGCAGUUUAUGAAGGAGGAAAUAUCCAAGCGUAGGGGAGGGGAAAAAAAAUGAUAUCCACAGUCGUACAUAUAUAAAAUCUUACCCAACAUCCCAUGACACUACUCUAGUAACCUGUAGGUCCAACCAAGAAAUAAUAAUAAUGCUUAGUUCCAAACGAAAUAAUUUAGCAAAACAGCUUCAAUGUUAAAUUGUAGCAUUUAUUUUCCAAAUGAAUGAAAAGGUUAUUUUCAUCAGUCAUAUUGUGGGGUAAUUCACAGACCAUGAACGAUCACAUUUUGAUUGAUGCAUUUCACAGCACACUGAGUGCUUACUGAAAAUGCAAAUGUUUGAAAUGGCUCUGUCACCCAAUGAUGACUUUGCCGCUUGGUGGCUGUGGGGUGCAGGAGAAGGGAAGUAAUACUUACUUGAAGCAGUCCCUCAUGGCUGAUGUCUUUGAAUCAUCUUCAGCUCCUGGCGUUUCGUCUGCCAGGAGCUCACGUCGGUGCUGUUCUCUCGCACGUGCUUGAGCGUACCACACUGAGGCCUACAUCGGUGGGGGGCGCUGCCAGUCGGCAGCAAUGCAGAGUAGGCAACUGCCUGCCCAAAAUGUCAGGCAUCUACUAUGCUUUCAUGUUGGGAGGACCUGGAGGUAGGGGGAAAGAUCUGGAAAGCAGUUCUCCUGUCCUCCCGCGAACACGCUGUGUGGAGCGUUGCUGCGCAUUCCCAUGGCAAUGCUCCACACAACAAUGCGUGGGAGGACAGGAGAGCUGCAGCCAGACACAUACUUACCACCACCGGAACACCAGGGCUGGUUGUGUGUGUCCCUCCUUCAUCAAAGGUAAGAAGUGAGGGGGGAUAAAGGUUUUAUGUAUCUUUUUUUAUUUUUUUUAUUUUUUUAUGUAUCUUUACCACCACCCCCCACACACAGCACCCCACAGCAUCUCUCCCACACACAGCACUCUUCACACACAGGGCACUCCACACACACACACUCCGCACCCAUACACAAACACAUACACUGCACCCCUCAAUGCAAUGUGUGUGUGUAUUCAGCAGUCUGUGUGUGUGUGUUUGUGUGUAUGUAUACAGCAGUCUGUGUGUACUCGGCAUUCUGUGUGUGAAUGUGUUCAGCAGUCUGUGUGUGUGUGUGUGUGUGUGUAUGUAUUGCAUUUGUUGGAGAAACUAAUAAAUAUAAGCUUAAUUUUAUCUAUUAUUUGUAUCAUUGAACUCUCUGUUGUGUUCUUUUAAAACAAAAGAUUUUAAUUCGUUUGGACAACUGUACGAUUUUUUUUUUUCUUUUUCUAAACCUCAGUAUUCAGGUUUAAUUGCCAUGUUGGCACUUUGAGCGUGGAAAAAAGCUUGUAUUGCGGUUUCGGCACAUAUAUAUAUAUUAUUUUUUUUUUUAAAUACUACCAAUGUGUGUAUACUACCAUGUGAAAGUAUCAAGAUGCCAUAUAUCUAUGCUUUUUAGUGUGAUAAAAUAUUGAAAGUCACAAGCCGUAUAUAGCCAUAGUAUUGAUAUUUAUAUGUGAAGGCCACUAGGGGGAGCCAACCCCUCAGUUUGCCAUAUAAUGUCCUAUCAAGGACUGUCAGUGCACCUAGCGUCUGACUAUAUGGGUGUUUAAACAAACCAAGGUGCAGGUUUAAAGAUUACCUAUAGAGAGCGUUCAAGAGCUAAGAUGAUACAUGAGUAAAAGUGUGCAACUUCAGCUUUAAAUAUGUACAAUAUUCCACUGGGACCAGUUUCUAGAAUCUGAUGCCAUCCUUCCAUUAAUUCUUAACUGUAUCAUGUCUGAACAGCUCGUCAGGUCUCAUGCUUUUAUAUUAAACUGCUUCUUCUUGUCUCCUUUUUUUUUUUUUUUUUUUUUUUUUUUAUUGAAUAAUAUUCUGUAUCUGAAAACUUGUAUAAGGGUUAAUAUUCAAUAACUCCUUACCCCUCCAACCCUUACUUCUUAAGCUGAUUUUGACACCGCAUUUUUUUUUGUAGCAAUUUAAUAAUUGUACACUUAUCUCUUUACACUACAAAAAAAUUAGACUUUUGGUAGUCUAAUCAAAUAUUCUAAAAUACCUAGUAAUAUAUGUAUUAUUUUUUUAUUCAAUCUUUGUCAUGUACUGUAUUUUGUGUUGCAACUUGUUCCUUGAAAACGCCUAUAUAAAUUGGCUUGUAGAAAAGUCAUUUAAAAUGUAGCUACAAGUGACAUUUUUUUUUCUACCUGGUUUAAAGAAAGGAGCGGGCAGAGCAUUUGUGCAACUAAACCACGUAAUCCUUAGUAUCUGUAAUAUAUAUAUUUAGAAUCAUUAAAAAGAAAGUGGCAAGUCCAACUUGCAUAGUCCCUUUAAUAUGUUUCAUAAAUUGGAUUCUCAAUGUAACCAUGCAAUGUGCUGCUGGUCAUACCAUAGUCUGAGAAACUCACAAUGCAUUUUACCUGUAAUCUUACAGCACAGUGCCGCCUUCGUGUACGGGGCAAUGAGUUUCACGGACAAGGUAGCCAAUGGAUUGGCAGUGGUGAUCAUCCAGUCAAUGCAUCCUUGCCAGUAAGUAUUCACAAGGCUUUAGAGUAAACGAGAUGACAAAAAUAAUGGUAGAAAAUCUUUGCUCAAUAUGUGCUUAUGGAUUUUAUUCACUAAAUUAGGAAUUUUGGAAAACUGCCAAAUUUUGCAAUUGUGCAAUUUUUUUUUUUUUUUCAAUUUGACAAUUUUUAUUUUAUCAGAGAACCUGUUGGGGUACAGAAAGGAAAAAGGGGAGGGUAUGCAGUUGAGGUACAAUGCUUCAAGAUACAUUUUAUACAUUCGGGAACAAGGCCAGGUAUUCAACUUUGUGGGAGUACCUCCCCCACUUUUUUGACCAUGAUCAUGUACCCUGUCCGACUUGUCUGACCCUCAUAACCUUGCGUUGAAUGUGGGGUUGGGUAAGAGGGGAUGGGGGAAACAGGGGUUCGGGUAUUGGGAGAAGAGAUGGGGGAGCGGGCUGCAAGAGCGCCGUAUCACUCCAUGUCUCCUCCUUGGUUGUCAUACUUUGUUUGGUUCCUGCCUCUUGUCCCCUGGGUAACUAUGUACAGUGUGGGUGGUUGUUCCGCAUUUGCCUAAUGAAUUAUUUGUCUUCAGCUGGGUUUAUCACAAUGCCUGUUUUCGAACCUUGGUGAUAGGGUUUGUGGCCUCUCUGCACCUGAGUGGUUAGGUAGUAUUCGUGGUACCUUUUUUUUUUUUUUUCCCUCCUCUUUCUUCCCCUUUACUCUCGUUAGUGUUCGAGCCCCUCCCCCUCCUCAACCUUCUUCAGGUAUGCCUCCCAUAUUCGCCUGGCGUCCCUUAAGUGGUGUGAUGGGCGCAUCAGCUGGCUAGUCUUCGUUUCAUAUGUUAGGUUUAGGGAGAUCUGUUGGAUAAGGUUAGAUCUCUCCGGUGGCUUUGGUUGUUUCCACCCUCUGGCUAUUAAUAGGUUGGCAGCUAUCAGUAUGUGGUAUGUUAGGCCAGCAUGUGCUUUUGGGAGUGGGUCUAGGGAUAUGAAGAGUAGAGCAGUUUCUGGUUUCAGAUUGUUUCCUGAGUUCAGUGCCCCCUUUAGCAUCCCUUCAACUGUCCUCCAGUAUCCCCUGAUGGUCGCGCAGGUCCACCAAAUGUGGAACAUUGUGCCCUCAUCUUGUAAACAUCUCCAGCAUAGCCGUGAGGUGUUGGGGUAUAUGUUUGCCAGUCUGGUUGGCACUAAAUACCACCUAUACUGGAUCUUGCGCAUUAGCUCUAGGUGGGAUGCGCAUCUGGAUCUGCCUUUAUGGGCUAUAAAAGCCUGAUUCCAUUGUUCCUUUGAGAAAGUUGUAUUUAGGUCCCUAUGCCAUGCCUCUAUGAAUUUGUCUAGCUGUGGUGGUGUCUGUUGAGUUGGGUUAUUUAGUGUUGCAUACAUCAGGGAGAGCGGUUUCUUGGGCAUUGUCCUAGACUCGCACGCUUUCUCUAUGUGUUGCGCAUAUGUCUGGGUUGUCAGGGCAGUGGAGUCCGUUAGUAUUCCUUUUAGUUGCAGAUAGGAAAAUAUUGCUCUUUGUGGCAGGUCGUAACUGUGUUGUAAGUCGGGGAAUUGUCUCAUUGUCCCUUGAUUAUAGAGGUGUCUAACUAGCGUGCACCCUCGCUCAGCCCAUAUGCGAUGGUCAAAUGUGGGGUUUGCCAAGUGUAUGCAGUAUAUUGGAGUUGUCAGCGCCCAUUUCUUUGUGUAACCUAAUUGGGGUUUGAUCGUAUCCCAGUUACGUAGUAAGGUUCUUGUGGUGGCGGGUGUAUCUGGGGCUAUAAGUCGGUGUUCGUGAGGGACCCAGAAUAAGUGGCUAAGACCCUUGGGGCAAGCCCACGUUGAUUCCAUCUCCACCCACUGUGGUGGGUUUUGGGCUGUGUGCGCCUGUAGUGCGGUGGUCAACAAUGCAGCCCUAUAGUAUGUUGUCACCUCGGGUAGGCCUAGCCCUCCCUGUGUCAGGGGUUUGGAAAGUAUGCGGGUGGCCACUCUAACUUUCUUGUAUGCCCACACGAAACCAGUGAGAGAUCGUUGUAGGCGUUUCAAGUAUGUGUUGGGGAUGUGGAUCUGUAGCGUUCUAGUUAGGUAUAGGAAUUUCGGCAACAGCAUCAUCUUCACCGCCGCCAAUCUCCCCACCCAGGACAUGAACUUGCUAUCCCAAUUCUUUAAGGUGGCAUUAAAUUCAUCUAAUAACCUCCCAUAGUUUAGGUGAAAGAGUCUCUCGGGGUCUUUUGAGAUCUUCAGACCUAAGAAGGUAAGGUAGUCCUCUCUCCAGUCUAGUGGGAAUGAGUUUUUUAAAUUUGCUAUGGUGUUGCGUGCUAUCCCGAUUCCCAUUGCUUGUGUUUUGGUUACAUUAAGUUUGUAGUAUGAUUGUUCCCCGUAGAUUUCUAUUUCCCUCAACAGGUUUGGGAGCGACAGAUGUGGUUGUAUUAGUGUCAACAGGAUGUCGUCCGCGAAGAGGUUUGCCUUGUAUUCCCUCUUCCCUAUCUCCAGGCCGUGUAUUGUGGGGUUUUCUCUAAUUUUGAUCGCUAACGGCUCUAGCGCUAACACAUAAAGCAGCGGGGACAGAGGGCAUCCCUGUCUCGUGCCGUUUGUGAGUCGGAACGGCUCCGACAGGAACCCCGCGUUCAAUACUCGUGCUGCGGGUUGGCUAUAUAGAGCACUGACGGCUGCCACAAAGCCACUAGGGAUGUCAAACCUACCCAAUACCUCCCGAAGGAACCCCCAGUGUAGACGAUCGAAGGCUUUUUCGGCGUCGAGGGAGACAAGAAGUCCCCCCCCGGUGUCGGCCCUGUAGGUAGUGGAGGAUGUUAAUAACUUGCAAUUGUGCAAUUUUUAAACUAAUUUAUUGACUGUACAAUCUGAGUCUCCGGGAAAACUGGGGGGUCACAGAAAGGAUCUGCUUUUCACCAUACAUUUCUAUAACCGUAAUCUUUGUUUCUCUUCCCCAGCACUGAACAAUGUUGCCCAGCUUGUAAUCCUUUCUACCACUGGGUGAUGGUGGCUGUUACUGGAGGGGUAGCGAUCGUGGCCGGCCUGGCUCUGAGUUCCAUUAUGAUCUGGCCUAUCAAAGUUCGGUUCUGUAAGUUCAACUUCUAUUAACUUAUCAGGGUAUUUUUGGGGAGGGACAGGUGGGACAAGGAUAUAAGCACUUUAUCGGUGUAGUAUAUUUUUGCAGCGCACAUAUUAGACUCUCUGAUGGCUUUAUUCACAAGAGAGCUGGUUUAGUGCAAUGCCAGUAGUUUAUGGGGAUUUGUUUUGGAUGUUUCCCGGAGAGUUGCAUCAAAGUACAAAUCGAGGAAGGCAAGACAGGGCACCAAAUCAAAUCUGCCCUACCGAGUUUGGCAGAGAAAUGUAUGUGAUGGUGUAGGAAAGUAUUGAAGGGGGAGGGCCUACAACCUAUCACUUCUGCCCCUCGGCUAAUGUGCAAGUGAGCCGAUCCAGCUCAAGUGGCAAUAGUAAGUCGACAGACCAUACUGCCUGGAGGCUCCUGUUCGUUUAAACAAUUCCAAAAUGGUUUGAUCAAAAUGCUUGUGGAAUGGUUCCCACAUAGUAUUUUGUUCUGUAACCACAUUCAUUUUGAUUCUUUUUCAUUUUAAUAUGUUUGUUUUUUCAGUUUAAACAUGUAUAUGACAAAUAAAACUAAUAUCUAAUCAAGUGCAUUCUUUGCUCCUGCACAUCUGCUAGUAUAAUAUUAAUGUUAGAUUGUUUAUAAAUUGUGUGACAAAAGUUUUUUUAAACUUCCUGUGCAGAAGCUUCUCUUUCUUGACCCUUAAAGGAACACGUCUUUAAAAAAAUAAUAAUAAUAAUAGUAGAUAUAACCACAAAGAAAAUAUGAAUGUUUUCUUUGGGAGUAUAUGAAAUCUUGGCUUGCAAUAGCUGCAGAUCUAGUAUCUGCAGCUACGGCAAGUCCUCUCCUUCUCCCCUCAGGACAGACUUUCUGGGACUGUUCAAUCACAGCAUAUCUCUGCGAGGAAGGUGCUCUGGGUAAUUGCUGCCUCUUGAUUUUAGCUCCACUGAGCUAAAUAAACCAGGAAGUAACAGGACCUGUUGUCUGACUGCUGGGGACGUGUUAAAAAAAAAAAAAAGUUAGUUUAUAAAAUGUAUGAUUUCUAAUUAAAUUGACAUUUUUGUAAAAUGCAAAAAGAGAGGACACACUAUUCACACGUAGAGCACAUCUGAAGCUAUAGUUCUUUGUGUGUUUGUACUGUUCCUUUAAGGGCACAGCUAACAUGCUUUGCUUUGAAAUGCUCUGCUUGACAUGUGCUUGUUGUAUGUCGCUGUCCUGUCCCUGUGCAAAAUCACCCAAAUACAGACUAAUUUUAAAAUGUUUUGGUAAAAAUAUUAACACGUGAUUUUUUAAAUGGUUUUUUCUACUACAAUACUACUUAUGCAAGCUUAAACUGCAGGACGAUUUAUUACCUAAUAAUGAUUUGUUACCUGAUGGCCCUGCCUUGUCUCAUGAGGAUGUAGAGGGCAAAUAAACAUGGGAGGGCUGGUAAAGGGGGUUAUGGCCUGCAUCCUCAAGCCAUUCUUCUGAUUUUGAAAAUAGCAAGAGGUAUAUUGUAAUGUUUGUAUGCACGGUUCUGUAAGAUCGAUGCAUCGCUCAGUAAUUGUGUUUGUGGGGGGAUUCACUAGCCUGGUUCUGUGUGUUUGUACAUAGGUUUGUGUUCUCCAGGCUGGGGCUGGCCGUUGGGGUAUCAGAGGCUGAGCAGGCUGCUAGGAAAUCUAUGCGUGUUUAUAAUAUAUGGCAGGACAUGUUUGCCAGCAACAGCAGCGAGAGACGAGACCGCGACCAAGAGAUUCAAAAUACACACCAGUUGUCAUCAGGAGCAGUGGAGUCAGUGGGACAUCAUUUGUGUUUCGUAGCCAUGCUUAGAUCUCUGGCAAUGCCCUGCCAUACUGAUGGAUUUGCAGGGAUACCUAGUGGCACUCAUCAAAGCUCCAGCAGCCUCCACUUGUAAGAUCUAGAUAGAUAUGCUGCAAGUGCGCAGGAGCAUCGACACGAGAUCUAUCCACAACCGGCAGGGGGGACCUAAUGCGCAAGUGCGGCAGUGGCCGCACUCGUGCAUUAGACCUCCCCAUAGAAAAGUAUUAUUUAAUGCUUUCCUAUGGGGAUUCUGGCGAUGCUGGAGGUCAUCAUGCAUAGACAGCCAUUAGAGGAGGACUUAAUCCUACAAGGUAAUAAUUACACUUGCAGGGUUAAGGGUAGUGGGAGUUGGCACCCAGACCACACCAAUGGGCAGAAGUGGUCUGGGUGCCUGGAGUGUCCCUUUAAGCCAGGUUGCAAUUUUCAAUUCUGACGUGCUGUAUAAAAAAAAAGCAGCCAACAUUUUAAGUUGAAACUUUUUGUUCGAUAUUUUAUUAAUGGAGUCCCCCCAAUCUACCCUCUCUGGAAUCAGAUGUCAAAAGUGUUUGUGGCAAACCCUUUCCUUCAUAAAUUCCCCUCACAUCGCUGAACACAAAUGAGUGCUGGAGCAGUAAAACAUUGACAAUAAUAUCAGUGAAAGUGCAGUUUGUGUUUUGCAUAAUGCAAAAAACAAAUAUAAACACUACAUUUAGCCAGGAUUUUUUGACUAAGUUUCUACUACAAAAAAAUGGACAUACCCCAUUUUGACUACCCUGGCUUGUCUACUUGUGCAAAUGGUAAAUGGUAUGCCAAGAUGCAGGUAAUUCUCAUUCUUGGUCUGCCAAUACGGUCUCCGAGGCAACAUAGGCCCAGCAAACCAAUCUGGCAAAUUUCAAUGUGUAAAAACUGAAAUGGGCAAACAAUAUAUUUGAGUCUGUAACUUUCCAAAACCCCAUAAAGCUUGUACACGGGGGACAUAACCGCAUACAAAGUUGUAUGUUCGUUUUAUUGCUUUGAAAGCUUAUAACAUUCACAAUUUAAAUGACAUCCAUAAAUUGGAAUAUAACAAAAUGUCUUGUUUUGUUUAGAUUUUAUUCAUAUUAAGAUAUGUUUCAUAUAUAGAUAUUUGAUGUGAGAUUAAAGUUCUAUGUCUCCUGAAGAAAAUUAUGUAUAAUAAGUGUGGGUGCACUUAAUAUGAAAGGUAAACUAUGGUUGAACAAAUGUAUAGUUUAAAUUCUAGGUUAUUUUUUGGUCAAAACAAUUGCCUCCGUCCUUAAAGGAUCACUAUAGUGUCAGGAAAACAAACCCGUUUUCCUGACCCUAUAUAAUCCUUAGGGUCCCUCCACCCUCAGGACCCCCUCCCGCUGGGCUAAAGGGGUUAAAACCCCUUCAGCCACUUACCUUUAUCCAGCGCCAGGUUCCCUUGGCGCUGGGGACCUCUCCUCCCCCUCCGACAUCCGCUCCUGAGUGGAGCCGAAUGAGCAUGCGCGGCCAGGGCCAUGCAUGCAUUAAAAACGCCCAUGGGAAAGCUUUUCUCAAUGCUUUCCUAUGGACGCUCUGCGUGCUCAAUGUGAUUUUCGUAUUCAGCGUUGCAGAAGCGUCUAACAGGAAGACAGCCACUAGAGGCUGGAUUAACCCUGCAAUGUAAACAUAGCAGUUUCUCUGAAACUGCUAUGUUUACAUCUGAAGGGUUAAAACCUGGGGCACCUGGCACCCAGACCACUUCAUUGAGCUAAAGUGGUCUGGGUGACUAUAGUGGUCCUUUAAGGAGUUAUUUAUUAUUGAUUAAUUUUUCCCCGUCAUUUUUUGUAAUUCUAUUUCUCAAAAACUAAAUCAGUAGGUUGCAUGCUUAUAGGUGUUAGGGCUAAAUUUCUCUCCUGUGGGAAUAUUUCGAUUGCAGUUCCGUACUGUCCAAUCAGCGCACCACACCUACAGGCCUGGAAAAUUGACUCAGACACGAAAUGAGUGUGGGUGUAAAUCAAAUUCGUUUAUUGGUGUAACUCAUCAGGGGUAUCUUAUCAUGUACCAUUACAUCACAUUUGGAUACUUUUCAAAGAUUACUGAUUAUUUUAAGAUAUGGUCUGUUUAUAGUUCAUUGCCUAAGUUUGGACUUGCCAAGCCACAACUCUUCCUGACCUUUUUGCUAAUUUUGCCAAGUUCCUUAUUUUUAAAGUAUUUAUAUAUUCUAAAGGAAAAAAAUUGUUGAGAUCAGAUUUAGGCGAAAGGUUUUAUAUGAAUACUAGUGCUCAUAUAUAGAUAAUAUUUUUAAGUAGGUAUGAGCAGUAAAUCUUAAGAUGGAGGGGGAACUCAGAAUGGCUGAUUAGUUAUAUGAUUUUAUCCCAUCAAUAGGAAAGUAUAGUCCUCCCGUUAUUCUAUUAUUACCUGAAAACUCAGUGGAUCCAUAUCAGUCUUGCAUUGAACAUAAAAUCCAGCUCACCUUGGUUUCACUUCAAUAGUGAAAUCAUAAAAAAAAAAAAAAAAUGUUAAUUCAUGCGAGACUCAAGUUUCCCACUCCACAAUUUACUUUGGCGAAGAAGAGUUCAGCUGGAGGGGUAGUUUCCCUGUAAUUAGCAGCUGCUUAUUAAUCGUGUCUGCGGCUGAUAUCUGCUAACAUCAAGAUAAUGUAAGUUCCUCUUUCCUCCAUGUUUAUGUAGAAUUCCAGAUACACUUUAUAAAAAUAUAAUAAGGAAGCAUUAGUCUCCGCGAAGAUAGCUCCUCAGUCGGCCACUAGUGGUGCUUCCUGACACUGACAUUCAGUGUCUCCACACUCUGCAUGGAGACGCUGAUCUUUCCCCAUAGAGAUGCAUUGAUUCAGUGCAUCUCUGAGGAGAUGCUGAUUGACCAGGGCGACAUUUGACCCUGCCCCGCCUCCUUGGCUGAGAUCAUCACAAUUGACGAUCUCAGCCAUCCAAUGCUUUCUUAUGGAAAAGCAUUGUGAUUGGCUGAGAUCAUCACUUGUGGUGAUGUCAGCCAAGGAAGCAGAUCAGGGGCAGAGCCAGUGUCGGCAGACUGGAAUAAAGGUAAGAUUUUACAAUAAUUAGGGGGGCUAGAUUGUGUUUUUAAUACUAUAGGGUCAGGAAUAUACAUUUAAGAAAGUAUUCGUCUCCUAAACAUCACUGUGAUUAAUGCUUCUACUUCUUGCAAAUGAAUAGGUGAAACAUUUUUUAUUCAUAUUUUGGUUUUUCUUUUUUCUUUCGUAGUCCGUGCUGCUAUGUCAUAACCUUAGAGGUAAAGGUUACAAAUCUCUAGUACACCAGCAGAUUUACAUGGUGUCCUGCAACAUUUACAGGGUUCUUUUCUAAACUAAGAAUUAGUAGUGAGCUUCAAGCUGUCAGUUGUUUGGUGCUGUCCAUUCCCAAAGGCCAUGUUACGGCAGUGCAGCUGCACUUUCCUUUACCAUGUCAUGGCACUGAUGGUUCCUGUAGCUGGCCUGUCUGUCCCAAAUACCGUAUAGUAGAUUUGCAAUGACUCGUAUCUUUUAGCUGUGGCUAGGAGCAUAUAUUUUACCUUGUGCUACUAAAAGAUGCAUAAAAAACCACAACAGAGACUUUCUCCACUGUGUUUCACUGGAGAGUUCUCUGCAUGGUCUUAAUGCUCGCUGCAAAGUGGAUGUGGGACACCAGGGAGCUAAAUCGGAACUGUGGGACAGAACCCUGAAACUAGGACUGUCCCACCAAAAGCGGGAGAGUUCGGAGCUCUGCGUAAGGUAGUCCUCAGUUCAUUGAACAAAUGUUGCCAUGUAUUGAGUAUGUAUUCAGCUGUGCAAUCUAUAUCAAUAUAUGGGAAAGCUUAAAUAAUAUGAUGCAAUUAUCCCCUUACCAAUAUUGCCUCCUCUUCCACAUCCAUCCACCCACCCACCUCCCAGCCUCCAUUUCAUGAUGUGCACAAAUGUGUAGUCUUAGUCUGCAAAAGGGUUAUAACUUUCACUCUGGAAGACUUUUUGUCCCGUAAUGUAGCAGCCCGGAAACCUAUUUCUCAUGAAAAUACUGGUAGUUUAAAGGCAGAACCUGGAUGCCUACAAACCCCAUUCCCAGUCCUUUGCUGGUCAUGGAGAUUAAAAUAAAAGCUUUGUUACAGUGAGUGUCAAGAACCAAAACUCUGAUAACGUUGCGCCUAGUGGUUUUGACCUACAAGUGAAAGACAACCCUGAACAAUCUCUUCAAGAUCUGAUGACCUUGUCCUUACUCUUCACUUGUACCCUUCUGUCUCCCAGCAUUGCGCCUGUCUUAUCUCCUCCUCGUACGUGUAGAAAACUUCUAAAGAUCAAAGUCGUUUUUACUAUUGAUUGGGCAGUCUGAAUAUGUUUGUAGAUAAUAUGCCUCCAUUAUAUUUCUAGAAUAUAUACAUUUAUUGAGAAAGGGGAAUAGAAUUGUGUUUUAUAUUAUCGUUUAAUAUUCUGUUCUGAGAGAUAAUCCAAAUGUCAAAUUCAUUGAGUUGGACAGCAAUGGGUGAAAUAUUCUAUUUUUGCUUUUUGUUGUCCAUUUUUUUGUGUGCGUUUGUUCACGAUAAUGGUUGUGUGCUCAUUGUCCUUUUGCUUGAAUUUCUAGAUCUUGCCCUGGUGGCUUUUUGUGAAACUUUUUAUGUGCGUUUAUACGUAUUUAACUAUUGUCUUGUGUCAUUCCUGUGCAGCCCAUGCGUAACUCCCUGUGCUUCUACGCCAUCAGGCUUUAAAUAAAGUUUUUGUAAACUUCUCGUUGAUGGUGGUGGGAUGCAAGAUGGCUAAUAUUAAAUGCACAUUGUAAUAUUUAAAAUAUUGGUUAUUAUAUAAGUUGUAUAACCUGCAUGGUUCUAGAACAAAGCAAGAUCGUGGCAUUAUCUGCAUAUAAAGUGCACUUUGAUUGAGUUCCCUUUAUAUUUUUAGGGCAUGUGGUGUGAUCUUUUUCUUGGGAGUGGUAUCCCUUCAGACUUUGGUCUUGGGCAUCAAGACUUCAGCAUCUGGUUCUACUUUGAUAUGGUGGAUACGAGUCCGUCCUGGCUAAGCCUGAAAUUAAGUUGUGUUUAUGAAUUUUUGUAAUACACCUUUGCUGUGAGCUUGUGGACAUCUGUAGAAUAAACUUUUAGCAUUCCUGUAUUUAGUUUUCCAAUUAUCCUGCAGCCAAUAUACCUGAGCUGAGUCAGCAAGCCUCACCUAAAGGUAUUGCAUGGGUCACUCUGCUGUCUACGUGGUGAUCGAUCUGGAACAUGGCACCUGUACUUCUCCUUCACCGAAAUACUGGGUUGGAUUGGAUCUUGUAAGUAAUGACUUGUACUUCAGUCUCUUCCACAUGCAUCGAAGUAGCACUUGUACUUCAAUAGUAUCUUUUUAAUGAUUUGUGAAGUUUGAAUAUUUGCUGAAAUUAUUUUUUUUUUUACUAAAUUGGAGUGAAACCAUUUCUGCUAAAACUGGUGAUGGCUGAAAGUCUAGUUCAGGGGUUCCCAAAAGGUAGAUCCCCAGAAGUUUAAAAAAUACAACUCCAAUGAAGCUUUGCCAUUCUAAAGGCAUUCCAACUGCAUGUAAAGCCUCAUCGAAGUUGUAGUUAUACAAGAUCUGGGUAUCUACCUUUUGGGCACCCCUGGUCUAUGUCAUCCUAUCGCACAGCCACAACGUGGAAGACACCUGAUUAAAAAAAAAAACCUGCAAACGGCAGCCUUGUAUCAAAAUUGAAGGUGAAAAUAGAAAUUUAAGUUAAAUGUUUCUGUAUGGGCCACUUUGUGCUGCGAUGCUGAGAUGUGAUUAUCACUGUCCGUACUCUGAGGCUAGCUGGCAGACUGCAAUUGUUUUGUUUUGCAGUGAGAAUAUAUUGUUUCUGUAUGUGUUUGUACCUUUGCCUUGUGGUUUUUGUUUCUUAAUACAUUCGAAAUUGAGUCUGCAUUGGACUUCGCAGGCAACCCUAGUGGCUGUUGUCAUUUUAUGAUGUGUGGUCGCUUGUAUAGGCUUGCUCUCCAAUAGCAACACUCGUCAAACCACACGUAGAAAGUAGGGGCAACAAAGAUUAUAUUGUUUUUCUAAUUUGUAGUACAGUUCAAUGUAUAUUUACUGUUGGGUGAGGUCUGAUAGUGUAGAGUGUGUGUGUGUGUGUGUGUGUGUGUGUGUGUGUGUGUGUAUAUAGGCACCAGUGAGAAAUUAAUAGGAACAAAGAAAUAUAUACACUGUGAAGAAUUGGUAUUACUUGGCUCAUUUACACAGGAGUAAACAGAUAUAAUAAGGCCAUGUCUGUUUGUGCAAAAAUUCUAAUACAUACGAAAAAUUGUGUGUUAUCUGCACAGCUUGUAUGGGUAGAGUAUUCUGAAAUAAGAAUUGCACUUGGGAAUAUGAAAGUAAUGGCAAGAAAUUGGACUCUUACUACAAAUAUUUAUUUUAUACCAGGCAUUGUAGCGAAUCUGGAACAUCCAUAUGGUAGAAUGCAAUGCACAUCUUUUUUUAAUGAAAGCAAUAACUUACAAAAAAGCUAACUAUUUUGGUAAUGAUCAUUAAUUGAGUUCAACACAGAACCGGCAAUAUUAUUUAAUUGUGAAAGUUUGGAUUUAAAAAAACAUUUUUUUCCCCCUUCCAAUUAUGAGUAUGCGGGUGGAGGGGGUGUUGUGGUUUUUUUUGUUUUGUUUUUUGCUUUUUUGUGUUUUUGGUUGUUGUUUUUUUGCGUUGUUUUUAUGGGUUUGGUUUGUUCGUGUUUCGUAUUAUUUGUAUUGCUCUCUGAACUUAAAGUGUUUUAAACUGAAGGUGUGCUGUGUUACCAUGUGACCAAACGCCUGACAUCUUGUUGUUUUAACCGUGCGUAAUAAUUUGAGUGUUAUUGUUCUUAAUGUAAAGAAUAGCAGAAAAACUAGUGCGGUUUGACACCAGUUAAAUCAUCCCGGAGUCUGGAAUGUCACCUCGCACCCUGUCCUGUUGGUUAAACUCAAUGCAUUGCAGAUAGCAAGAUAACACAAUACACAGACUAUCUAAACACAUUGCGUUUUAACCUCUCAAGCUGAACAUGAACUGAUCUUACUACCUUGAAAAAGCCAUAUCACGAGUUGUCCUUAUCUGUGAUUUAUAUCUUAGUCACAAGUGUCAGUAAAAAGUAUUAUGCACAGUAUUCACGCAGACACUUGGCUUUUAUUGGUGGGCAGUUGGUUCCUCGAGAAACUUAUCAUAUGAUCUCACACCUAUUCUUUAUCUAAUUUUUAUAGCUUUGUCAUAUGCCUUCGCAUCACAUCCCGUUUCAAAAGAUCACUGGAAGUUGAUGUAGCAAUGAAUAGAUCCGUGGUUGUGAACCACUUUUUGGCAUGGACUCUGUUUUGUGUUUUUGGCUGUCAAAGCAUCGUGGGGCCGGAAGUUCUACAGCAGUUUGAGAUCUAGUGUUUGGCCAACUACAGUAUACGGUUAUCUGCAAGUUGUAUUGUUAAGGGCCACAGUGGUAGCAGUGAGAUGGGAUGAUGACGCUGCCACAUUUUUUUUGUACACAAAAGUAAAAGAAGAAUUCAUACUACAUAUUAAAUUAUGGGUUAACUGGCUCAGCAGGGAAAUCUACACCAAGUCAUCACAGCUCAGUUUAACGAUUUAUACAUCCGUAGAACAACCCUGAUUCUAUAAAUAAACUUCUCCCAAAUCUUGUCUAUGCUCAGUUUAGCUCAUUUAGAUUUUAUUACAAACCCACCACUUCCUCAUUGCCCUCUCGCACCUCUGCAAACGCCUAGUCACUCCAGAUCCUAUAGUUUUUUCAUUUUCUCUUAUCGCUUUGUUUUGCAGGUAAAAUCUCAGCACCCUCAAUACAAGAUUUUUCUUGGACUUCAGACCCUGCCCUCAAUUCCCAAGAAAAUGGCCCAGUAAACUCCUGAGUACUUUGAAAACAUCAUGCAUUCCUUGCCUAUCAAUUAUCAGUGUUCUAUUUUGGAAUUCCGCUGUGACCUGACUAACGAGAGACUGAUUGCCAUUGACACUUUCACUGAAGAGCCAAUUCUGUUUUAUGUGUUUGCAAUGGUCCAGAAUUCAAACUAUCGUAUUGCUGGGUGGAGACUCACGGCUUGUCAAUCCAAAGUAGCGUAUUGAUCGAUCAUGAACUUUUAAACCCAGCGAUGUGACCUUGCUAAUGAAUCAUACAUCAGGGCAGGAAGAAACAAUACAAAUUAUAACCACUUUUACGACGGGCUGUGUGACUAUUAUCGCUAUUGGAAGCCGAGAGAGAUUAUUGCACCAUUACUGGCAGCAACGUUUAAAAUUGCCCGAAAAUGGCGUGAAAAUGUAAAUUGCUGUUAAGGAAAUAAUUUUAUUUUUUUUAUAGGGAUCAAUAAAACGCUUGGCCAACUAUUCAAAUGAAGUAGAAUGUUAAAUUGUGUAUGAAAAAGUGAAAAUGUUACGGUUAUUUUAUAUUCCUUUAGAGAGUGACAAUAUCUAGGAUUCUUUACAAACCUUAGGUAAUGUGCAAAGUUUAAUGAGGUUACAAGUCCUACAAAAAGCACAGAAAACUAUACCUGUGAUUUAUAAUACUGUUUGCAACCUUCUUAUACCUUACGCAUGUCACCAUGGUGAUAAUGAAGACUGAGAUUAACGUUGGCUUGACGGCUAGAAUGUUUAAAGGGGAACUCCUGGUAUUCACACUUGUUAGAUUUAACUUGUUUAUGUUUUUUUAUCGGUUUGCUUUUUAGUUAAAAAAAAACAAAACACUUUUGCCCCCACUCUACCUGCAAUGUUUCACAUUUUUGUUCUACAAAUAUUGCUGUAUAUUUCGCCAUAACUUAGGUUUUUGGGAGUUGUUCAUCUCUUGACUUUUAAAACAUAAAAACGUUUGCAAUACAAGUCCCAGACACAGUUUUACAGGAUUUGUUUUACACUAAAAUGAGAAUUCAAAGUUAAUUGUAAAAAAAAAUAAAUCAAAAUAGCUGAACUUGAAAUAUACUUCCAGUUGGGCUACCUCGGCGUAAAAUUUUAAAUUCACUUUGAAUUCUCGCUUAAGUGUAGAACUUCCUGUGUGGAUAAGCUCAGUGAGGCUGCAGAGUAAAUUGAACAUCAUGCUUGUUGUGUUACUUCCUGUUAUGAGAAGCUGCUGAAGCUGCAAGGGCUCAGACUUUAGCAGUAACAUCAAACAUAAGUAUAUAUUUUAAAAAUUUAUUGUUUUUGCAUAUAUUUUUAGUGCAUCGUGUAUGUAAUUUGUUAAAAUGACUGCGUUACCUCCAGACUGGAAUGUCCCUUUAAGGGCAUGGCAGAAAUGACCGGUGUGUGUGUGUAUAUAUGUAUUCAUAUGAUUCUUUGCACACGUGUGUACUUGUUUGUUUGUGUGUUUUGUUGACCGUUAUAGUUGUAUACUGCCCUAAAAAUGAUAAAAAUUAAAUUCCCAAAAAGUGCCAUAACUCUAAUAAUUUUAUAGGAUUAUUCACUAAACGAUGACUUGCAGUGAAUUGAAAACUGCAUAGCAAAAAUCCGACGGAAAUAGCCAUGAUAUGACAGUAGUGGAGCUGUUUUGGCCAUUUCUUGCAAUUCAGUGUUCUGUUGCCAGCUUAGUGAAAUUACCCUCUCACUUUGUGCUAUGCAAAGUAUAUGAAUACGCACAAACUGCAUUAUUACUUUCUAGAUUUCAAACCCACAUUGUAGUUUGUAGUCUUCUGUGUAUUCUAACACAUCUUUUUAUACUAAUUCAUGGGGGAGCAAAUGAACCAAUGCCCUGUCUGUUUACUGCUCUGUUUUAAACCUUUUGCGGGCUCUUCAGCACUGUGCUAACUUUGGGUGAAUGAGAGUCACCACCGCUCAUUUGCAUAUUUCACAGUGGUGUUGUGGGAGAGCUGUAGGAGCCCAAUUGAUCAAAGUUGCUCUGCCUAAGGCAGAUUCUAUUUUCAAACGCAUACCUUCCAUUUAGACACAUACGUGUGUGUGUGUGUGUGUGUGUGUGUGUGUGUAUAUAUAUAUAUAUAUAUAUAUAUAUAUAUAUAUAUAUAUAUAUAUAAUGUAUGUGUGUGAAAUAUACAUGCACAGUAUGUUAAAUACAGGUAAAUAUACUACAGCUUGCUUAUUUUACAAUAUUUAUCUUUCAAAAAUAUUAAUUUCAUAUCUUAAGCACAAUUAAAAUAGGAAGCUUUCCUUUAGGUCACCAGCAACACUGGGGGGAAAAGAACGUUAAAACUGAAUGAUUUCGUUCCUUUACUACUUCUUCUUUUGUGUCUUGUGAGCAGCACAUAAUUCUAUUAACAUUCAUUUUAUACUUUCCUGAUAAUCAGUUGAAUUUUUUAUUUUUUUUACUUUAAAAAUUCAUAAUUGUCUUAACAAGAGUGUAUACUUUUUCCAUAUAUAUUCAGGCUGCUAUGUUAAAAUAAAUUGUCACUGUUCACUUUAUAAUAAACCAAAUUUAUUCCCA